GGAGGAGGGGAAACCAACUGGAAGAAGGAGAAUACAGGGGAUUGUAAUGAGAUUGUAAAAUACAAGGAGGAGACUUCACACAGGUAAGAAAAGAAUGGUGUUUAUCUCCAAACCCUCCCCACACAGUUUACUGGUUUCUGGUCCUUCCUCUCUGAGCAAGUCCAUUCUAGUAAUGUGAGCAGGACAGGGAGCCGGAGACAGCUGGAUGCAGCCUCCCUGAUACUGUAACUUCAUUUAUUGAUGAACUGGGGCAAGAUAUAGCUAGACGGAUUCAUUGCAGGUAGGACACCAUUCAGCACAGAAAUAGCACAGCUUCACACUAAUCAUUCACUUAGAAAGGAUAGACUCACACUCACUCACUUAGAAUGGACAGACUCACACUCAGAGACACAUCAGUACACAGACACACAGAUGUACUCAGAGACAAACCAAUCCACAGACACACAGAUAUACUCAGAGACACAUCAAUACACAGACACACAGAUGUACUCAGAGACACACCAAUCCACAGACACACAGAUGUAUUCAGAGACACACCAAUCUACAGACACACAGAUAUACUAAGAGACGAAUCAAUUUACAUACACACAGAUAUUCUCAGAGACACACCAAUCCACAGACACACAGAUAUACUAAGACACGAAUCAAUUUACAUACACACAGAUAUUCUCAGAGACACACCAAUCCACAGACACACAGAUAUACUAAGAGACGAAUCAAUUUACAUACACACAGAUAUUCUCAGAGACACAUCAAUCCACAGACACACAGAUAUACUCAGAGACACACCAAUCCACAGACACACAGAUAUACUAAGAGACAGAUUAAUUCACAUACACACAGAUAUUCUCAGAGACACAUCAAUCCACAGACACACAGAUAUACUCAGAAACACAUCAAUCCACAGACACACAGAUAUACUAAGAGACACAUCAAUCCACAGGCACACAGAUAUACGCAGAGACACAUCAAUCAACAGACACACAGAUAUAUUCAAGGAGACAUCGAUCCACAGACACACAGAUAUACUCAGAAACACAUCAAUCCACAGAUACACAGAUAUGCUAAGAGACAGAUUAAUUCACAUACACACAGAUAUUCUCAGAGACACAUCAAUCCACAGACACACAGAUAUACUCAGAGACAUAUCAAUCCACAGACACACAGAUAUACUCAGAAACACAUCAAUCCACAGACACACAGCUAUACUAAGAGACACAUCAGUCCACAGGCACACAGAUAUACGCAGAGACACAUCAGUCAACAGACACACAGAUAUAUUCAGAGAGACAUCAAUCCACAGACACACAGAUAUACUCAAAGACACAUCAAUCCACAGACACACAGAUAUACUCAGAAACACAUCAAUCCACAGACACAUAGAUAUACUCAGAGAUACAUCAAUCCACAGACACACAGAUAUACUCAGAGACACAUCAAUCCACAGACACACAUAUAUACUCAAAGACACAUCAAUCCACAGACACACAGAAAUAAUCAGAGAUACAUCAACCCACAGACACACAGACAUACUCAGAGACACAUCAAUCCACAGACACACAGAUGUACUCAGAAACACAUCAAUCCACAGACACACAUAUACUCACAGACACAUCAAUCCAUAGACACAUAGAUGUACUCAGAAACACAUCAAUCCACAGACACACAGAUGUACUCAGACACAUCAAUCCACAGACACACAUGUACUCAGAGACACAUCAAUCCACAGACACAUAGAUGUACUCAGAGACACACCAAUCCACAGACACACAGAUAUACUCAGAGAUACAUCAAUCCACAGACACACAUAUAUACUCAGAGACACAUCAGUCCACAGACACAAAAAUGUACUCAGAGACACAUCAAUCCACAGACACACAGAUAUACUCAGAGACACAUAUCCCCAGAGUACCAGAUGCAAUAAAUGUUUUAUGAUAUUUUUGUUUUAUUUGUUUUUGGUUGUGACUAGUUGUGACUAGUUAAUAUAUGCCCCAACCCUGGUGUACAAUUAAAGCUUAUGAAUCUACAAUGCAAGACAGAUUUUUUAUAGUUGGCCAUGUUUGCACACAUCUAUGAUCUGUGUUACAAUAUACUUAAAAGAACACUACAUUAAAAAAAUAUAUAUAUACUUAUAUUUAUUUAACUAGAUGUGUUCCUUUUGAUUGUAAAUUACAGGGGACACCCUUUAUUUCAGCUCUCUCAGGGAAUCAACCUUUAUUUCAGCUCUGCGAAAGUCUCCUUGUUGUAGCUCCAAUCCUCCUUCUGUGAGGUCAUUGGUAUUGGCAACUUGUGUCCAAUCAGAUGCUUCUGAGAAGUAUUGCGUCACAUGCGCAACAGUUGUCUUUCUUUAAAUUUAGUUCAAAACACAAGAAAAUUAAAGCAUUUUCUUCUGUUCUGAACUACAGUUCAAUGGGUUUGAGUCUGUAAACCCAGCCUGUUACUUCUAAUAAUGGUGGCACUUCUAAUAAUAUGCCUGCAGGGACAUAGAGGGAGUAUCCCUUUAAAGGGACCAAAUUGAGGAGAAGUCAUUGCCAUUUUUUCCAUUUAAAUCUCCCUUACCACAUCUCAGUCGUUUGUUUCUUCUCCAAGUUUUUCACAUUUGCUAUGUUUUUCCUGUAUGCCCCUCCCCUCUUCCCCAUUGGGUAAUAUUCUUAAUAAAUCCAAUCUUAGAAUCCUAUCACAACCUUUGCAAUUUAGCUAAACAAGAUACGCUUUUGCCUCUAUUUAGUUGGGGAUAACUGUAUUUAGUAAACUUCCAAUUAUUAAAAAAUGUAUUUAAACAUGCAUACUCAAUUUUUCAGCGUGAUUUUUUUGUGCAUAUAUAAAAAACAGCUUGCAGAAACUGCAGACCUGUUGUUGCAGUCUUUGAGAGCCCCCACCUCUUACCCGACACAGACUUUUAGUCUGGAAUACACCAAUCGAGGCUUUACGCUUUUCAAUGAGGUGUAAUAUAGCUAAUUGAGAAUUAAGGCAGGCAGGUGUACUGUAGCACAGUGCGCCUGUCACUUCUGUUACAUUUGUGGAACUGCAUAUGAUAUAGGGCUAUUCCAAGCUAGGGAAACAGAAAAUAUAUGGCAUAGUGCAAUACUGUAUAUACUGAGAUUGGGUAUAUGGGUAAGUGACAAAUGCUCACUCACACUUUAACAUCCCAAGAAGUGCUUUCAGAAAUAUGCUGUGUCUUCUUUACUUCAGAUACUUGGUAAAUGUGGAUCUCACAUAAAAAACAAAGUGCAAAAAAAAUAUAGAUUGAAUGACUGUUUGAGUAAAGAGUAAAAAAAGCAUUUAUUACUUACAUCAAAGUAAAUAAAAGCAGGUAAAUCAGUCCAACGCGUUUCUUCCCUGUUAGGGACUUCCUCAGGGACAAUCUUUCACAAAGAUGAUGAAUAAAAAUACAUAUACAUUUGUGGAACUAACUGAAGAGGAGCUAUACCUCCCUGUCAUUCUGAAAAAUGGGCUCAGAAAGAAAGCAUUGUAUUGGUUGAGAUAAUUCAUUAUGAUGAUCUCAGCAAAGAGGCGGGGCUUGAGCGAGGAGGAAAAAAGCUUAGAAAAAUUGCGCAGAGCACCUGUCUUGCAAAUUAAUCUCAUUGAGUUGCAUUGUGAAGUCUGUGAUUGGAUAGUUACAGAUAGGGCUGCCAUAAGAAAUUUUGGGGCCCCUUACACAGAUCAAUGUCUGGGCUUCCAGUGCUUGCUCUCGAGUCUGCACAUGGGGUCCACCUCAGUGUUUGCCCACAAGGAUUAAUAAAGUCGAUGUAGUGUGUGGGUAUAUAGUGGAUGCAAACAGUAUGUGUGUGUAUAGUAAAUGCAGAGUGUGUGUAUAGUGGAUGCAGUAUGCAUAAUGGAUGCAGUGUGUGUAGUAGAUGCAAUGUGUGUAUCUGUUUAUGUUUGUGGUGUUGGAUAAGGGCUGUUGGGGUGGAGGUGAGAAGUUUUUUUUUUAAAAUGGAUAAUUAAGUAUAUUCCCCUCUUCCUGCCUUUUAUCAGUGACCAGGUAGGUGGGGGGGGACGACAAGAUUUCCUGGUGGUCCAGUGGCACAGUAGCUUGUAUAGUGAAGAGGGUGAGCAGGAGUCUCAUCUUCCACCUCCGGCAGCCAGGUCCUGUCUUUCUCUCGCGAGCCCAGCAUGCAUUGCGUUUCAUGUGGUGCAUUGCCAUGGCAAUCCUUGGCAAUGCUCUGACAGCAGCGGCUCACGAGAGGAGACUACUGGAGGUGGAACAUGGUGUUUCCUGGGCCCCUUCUUCAUCAUAGGAGACAGCAGGGCCCUGUACGUGCAUAUAUAUAGCAGCACUUGCUAUGUAGAUAUAUAUGCACAUUGGUGGUAAAGGGCCCGGUCACGCUGUACCCCCCUGAUGCCGACCCUGGCCAUUGAAAGGCUGGACUGAGAAAGAAGGCAAUGGAAGACAAAAAAAUCUGCAAAUUGCUUUUAAAUAUACCUGAUGGAAAAUGCAUAACUAAAAUUAUGCAUGUUUUCAUUAAUGAUAAAUUUUCUAAAUAGUGUGGGGGAGGGGGUGCGGGUUAAGGUUUUUUUUUUAUUAUUAUUUUUUUUUUUUUGGAACAGUGGAAUGUCCCUCUAAGCAAAAAUUGUUCAGUUGUAAAUUUUCUCCAGCCCUCCUAACUUUCCAGCUCAUCUAUUUUUAACUAAAUAAUCACAAUUCCCAGAAUAAUGAAUGACCCUAGUGGAUAUUACACAGCACUUUAUAUCUAGAAGUUUAUUGAAUGCAGCUAGUAAUGUUUCCAGUCUCUCAUUACUCCACUUUACAAUUACUCCGAGUAUUGUUUUUACAGGCAGGUAAACAGAACUGUCUGUUCAUUGUACACAUGAUUACAGGGAAUUACUCUGCAAGUGUCAUUUGACCUAGAAUGGCAAGGAUAUUUGUUGAUUUAUGCAACAUAGAUGACAUGAUAGCUGCCUACUGGAAGAAAAGACUCAUGUUUAGUUUCCCUUCCUUUCAUAAAACAAAUGACUUGCUUUGAUCUCUAUUGACUGACUGGUCUUAUAAUAAUGAACGCAUGAAACUGUAUGAUCUUCACCCAAUACCAGCCUGAUCCAAUCGCCUCUAUCAUUUGUUCUGUAAGUAACUUCAACCGUCAUAUACUUACGUUCCAUAGAUUCUAUUAGGAAGUUGAUGAUUUCUUAAAGUAAAGCUAAUUCUAAAUUGUACUCCAGUUUCUGCUACCUAUAUCCUUUGUGUUUGUAUGUAGAUGUACGCGACCUGUAUUGAGAUGUCCCUCUGUUACUUUGUUAGUGUAAACUGACAUGAUUAGAAAAUGGAUGGAUUUACAUUGUAUUGCUUGACUGUUUAAUCUUUAUAUUUGUUUAGUAACAAUUCACCUAGAGAGAUAGCACUGUGUGUGUUUGUCUGUGUUAAACAGGUGUUUAGAAUUCUGCUUUGUCCUUACCUGGCCAUGGAAUCCCAGUUAUGUAUAUUAUAUUGUUAAAAAAAGAACAUAAUAACAAGAAGAGCCCAACCACCUUUUUUUUUAAUAUUGUAUAUGUUUUAUCAUGCUGGUAUCUCUUGUGAAUUGGGCUAUUAUAGGGAUUCAGACAUGUGCCUUGGCACUCUGUUUACUGACUGUGGCUGACAGUCACUGAUGUUGUGGCUGCUGGUGUAAACACAUUUUGGAGGACUACAUAAAAUCAGAAGAAACAGACAGCAUAUUAGUUGAUAAUACCAGGGUAAUUGGCACUAAAUUAGGGCUUAUUUUAAUGAUUAUCAAAGUCAUUUAGCGCCAAGUUGGUAAACGCUAAAAUGCUACUGUUAGCUCCUACUGUCAGUUUCUAUUGUACAACAUAUAAUGUACACUCUAGGCACUAUAACAACGUCAUGCCAUUGAAGUUGUUAUGGUACCUACUGUCCCUUGACACGGCCCUUUGAUCAGUGUUAAACCAUUUUAAGACACUUUGACUAUAAAUGGUGGUCCCUUGCCACCUGCAGCUUGGUCCCUGUGACAAACUGCCCUUUGUCACUGGUUUUUGGAGGAGCCUGAUUGCCUGCCUCCUGCCUUAUGACUAUGGUCCUGGGUUGUAUGGCCCUUUAAAAACAUUAUAUGGCCAUACUGAGACUUUUUGGGAAAAUGUCCCUUUAAAACCAUGUCCCCAGACUGUGACAAUACUUUGUUCGUGUCCUUUUCCCUUAUGGUUUGGUAAAUGGGGCUUACCGAACCAAUUACCGAACAGGCAGACCACACACAAGUGGAGUGUGCAGCCAAUUUACCUCCCAGGCUAGUGGUUAACCGCAGGUUAAGUGUCGAACGACGGGUGGCCGACGUUUGUAUAGUUCCUGUUCCUGCUUCACUCCUGUUCCUGCUUCACUGGAGCCUGGAGCCUUGUUGUAGGUCCAGGGUGGGUAGGAGACGGAGAGACCCCAACCAAGCUGCGGCGGUUCGGGAGGUCUGCGGUGGUUAUGGUGUCUGGCGGAGUGCUUGGAGCCCUCAGGAAGCACUAGGAGAAUCCAUCAAUGGAGGUACCAAGUCGGGGUAGCAGGCAAUCCGUUACAGUCCCCAUUAGAGGUUAAAGAGACACUAUAGGCACCAAAACAACUUUAGCUUAAUGAAGCAGUGCUGGUGUACAGAUCAUGCCCGUGCAGUCUCACUGCUCACUGCUCAAUUCUCUGUCACUUUGUCUAUACACCCCUAGUCACAGCUCCAUGCAUGUGACUUGCACAGCAUUCCUAAGCACUUCCUAAAAAAGAGAAAUCUAGUGUUUAACCCCUUAAGGACACAUAACAUGUGUGACAUGUCAUGAUUCCCUUUUAUUCCAGAAGCUUGGUCCUUAAGGGGUUAACUUUCUUUAUUGCACAGUUUUCCUAAAAUUUAAAAUGUAUUUGCUCCUGCUCUGUUAAUAGCUUUCUAGAACCUCAGGAGCCACCUGUGUGUGAUAAAGCAGAAAAUAACAACUUCUAAAGCAAGUUAACAUCUGAUUGGAAGUGUUUUUUUCAUGCAAGCUGUGUUAGUUACAAUCAGAGGGGGCUAGGGUUGCAUGGACAGAAACAAAAGUAAUUUAACUCUUAAAUGGCAGAGAAUUGAGCAGUAAGACUGCAGGGACAUGAUCUAUACACCAAAACUGCCUCAUUAAGCUAAAGUGGUUUAAAUACUAUAGUGUCCCUUUAAGCUAUACCAAUUCAUACCAACAAUUGACAGCUCUGAUAGGCUGAAAGUAGUUAGUGGAUGCAAGGACUCCAUUGGGUGGUAUGCCCCAUGCUAAUUCCACAUUAGGUUAUCUCCACUCACUCUCUUCCCCUCCCAAAUGCAUGCUCACCAUAGGACAGUUUGAACUGAUUUUUCAAAUCACUUUCACAAUGCUGGUUUCUUUCUAACAGGCGGGCCUGCUGUCCCAAAUUAUUAAAUGUUCCUUGUUUUAACACACAAGAGAUGGGGGCAGGAAUGGGAGAAAGUGCAGUUCCCUCUCUCCAUUACUUUCCCCACAUCCUGACAAUUUGGGACCAAUUGACAUGUAUUCAGACAUAUCAAUUCAGAGUUUCAUUUGCUUAAUUAAGAGGACUGUAAAUGUGGAGAAUGUCAACUGAAUUUUAGGAUCUGAAUUGCCUUUAAUUUCUUAAAUGAUUGCUUUGAGUUGGAUACUGCAGAGUCAGCCUUUUAUGCAUAGCCCCAUCCUGUGUACAUGUGUAGCUUGAAUGCUGCAUGUCAGCACAGUGCACAAGGGUUGUCACACAGGAUUUAAGAUAGGGAAGUGUGUGAGUGAUCAGACAAUGAAAGUGCUCAGCUAUGUAUGUAAGAUCAUGUCUUGUUCAUUCAUAUGAGUCAGAGAGUGUUAAAAUCCAAUCUGAAUAUUGUAAACCAGGUCCAAAGAGCAGAGACUCUGGAUUUAACAGGUUAGGAAUUUACCAAACUUUGGAAAAGCUGAUGUUAUCCAUUAAAUUCAAAUAGCGAUAUAUGAUACAAAACCUUCUUAACAUGUGAAAGAAUUUAGCAAUUGUUUUUUUAAGUUGCCUGGAUAGCAUUUAUAGUGACACUCUAAUCCCCCUAAUUAGUUUCUUUCCAUUAAAGUCCAAAAUUGUAACAAAAUGAAAUCAGAACAUGUUCAACCCUUGGGUCGCAGAUUCGAAUCCCGGCAGGGUUGACUCAGCCCUUCAUCCUUCCGAGGUAGAUAAAAUGAGUACCAUUAAAUUGGGUAAUAGUAACAACCCUUGGAUGUUGGGCUAAGGUAACAUCCCCAGGACGUGCUUGAAAACCAGAUUAAUCUGAAUGUUCCUUUCCUGGUUAAAUACUUUGUUAUUACUAAUAUUAUUAUUAUUAUUAUUAUUAUUAUUAUAUCCAGGACUAUUUACUAAAGUGACAAUUCAAAGUGAAUUUCAAGUUUUAGACCAAAAUGACCAAGCUGGAAAAAAUAUCUUAACCAGCUAUGCUUUCCAUUCGACUACUAUGGUCUUAAAUUCACUUUAAAUAGUCACUUGAGUAAAUAACCCUCAUAAUUCUAAGAAUUCUGAGAGGAAAAGCUCUGCUAAAGGGCCCUUUUAAUUGCAAACCAAGUGUGUUUGUAUUUUGCUAAAACAAAACAAUUUACAAAAAUAUUUAAAUCAUUACUACAUUAAAAACCUGUCUAUUUUUACCUGAAUUACUACAUUUAUUCGAACAUGAACUGACUCAGCACACUGAAUUACAGUGAAUUGGAAACUAAACUGCAAAAUAGUACAACAUUUGGAUUUGCAAAAAUUGUUUCAGCCAUGGUCACAUAUUGGUUUUUUGCUAGUCUAACUUUUUUCUUUUUCAAUGUAUUUUUCAAUACGAUUUGCUAAUCAAUGUUUAGUGAAUAAGAUAAAGUUGUGAGGUAUGGUAUUGUUGUGGAUAUCGGUAUUGAAGAAGGGAGGGGAGACAUUAAGAUAGAUUUUUACAUCUCACCCACCUACACACAGUAUAGACCCUAUGCACCCGUCACACAUACACACUACACCGCCCCCUCACACACACACAGAACCUCUGACACACACACAGCAUCUUUCUCACACACACAACACCCUUCUCACACACAGCGCCCUUUUCAAACACAGCACCCUCCACACACAUGCACACUGCACCCUUCACACACACACACUGCACCCUUUACACACACACACUGCACCCUUCACACACACACACACACACACACACUGCACCCCUUCACACACACACACACACACACACACUGCACCCUUCACACACACACACACUGCACCCCCCACCCACACACUGCUCCUCUCACACACACUGCCCCUCUCACGCACAGAACCCUUCACACAAACACACUACACCCUUCACACACACACACAGCACCCUUCACACACACACAUAGCACACCUCACACAGCACCCUUCACACACACACUGCCCCCUCACACACACACUACACCAUUCACACACAAACACAAACAGCACCUCACAGACACACAUAGAAAAAAAAGUAGAAUAUAAAAUAGUAAAAAAAAUGAUAAAUGUAAGCACAUAUUUGAAAAAAAAACCGAUCCUUUCUAAAAAACAAACAAAACAAAACUGCGCUAUAAAAUUACUGCAGCAUGGUGGGUGGUAAGGAAAUUUUACCAUCAACAAAGAUACAAAAGUGGGCGGUAGGUAUUAAAAGGUUGACUACCCCUGGUCUAGAGUAUAGAUGUACUCUGUGCUCCCCCCUAUCAUUCUUGCUACGCAUCUUGCAGCAAGUGAUAUACUCUGAUUUACAAAGUAUCUUUUUUCUCACUGAUACUCUCUUUGCUACAUUUGCUAUUGGAGGGUUCAGUGUUUAGCCUAAGCUAGAUCACAGGACAUAGAUUUAGCCUUGUGCUUUUUGUUUUUAACAUGUAUUUUUUCAUAUUUCUACUUUUUAGUACAUCUAUUAAAAGUUAUAUUUUAACGUUCAUUCCAACUGUGACAAUAUUGAUCAUGAUGUUGAGACACCUAUUGGUAGUUUUUUUCUUUUUUCUUUUUCAUUCAUGACCUAUAUCUCUCCUCCAACACAUUAAAUAUAGACCUGCUCUGCCUCGUAACUGUAUAAUGGGUCCCCUGCGCUCAAUGACUCAUGGGAUGGCCUAUAUCACUUCUCCAAACAUAUUGUACAUAGUUUUCCCUGGCCCAUAACCGGGGCAGGGAAGGUGCUCAAUGUUUCGUAGGAUGGCCUAUGACCCUUAUUAUCCCUUGCUAUCUCAGCAAAUUCCUCUAUAACUCCAUUUGCUCGUGAAGAUACAUUUUAUAUGCUUGAAAUUUCCAAAGUCUAGUUGCAGACGGAGGAAAGGGGCAUGAGACCAGAAAUACAAAUGUUAAAUUUCAGCUCCAGGCCCAAGAAGCCUGUAAUCCAGAUCUGCACAUGACUUUGGGUCUUAUUGCUGCUGAGCUCUCUGAUACUAGGGUUGCCCCUGGACGGUAUUUAAAUAUCACAGAUGGUAUUUGAGGCUCUCUGGCCAGUGAUGGAAUUGCAAAAAUACCAGCAAUGGAAAGGCUGGUAUUUUUCUUUAAGGCAAUAAAAAAAAGAAUCUGGCAGCGUUUCUGGUAUAUACAACUAUCACAUAAAUUCAUAUGCCAAAUAAAGCGUCAAUAUAAAUGUCCAUUAAAAGAAAGUAAGAUAACCUUAAAAUAAGUCAAUGACAGUACUAAAAUCCCAAACAGCUAUGUGAAUACAAUUCCAAUAGAUAUAAAGAAGUUCAAACUAAAAGACCAGAUGACUGCAUGAAAGGAUACAGGAAUCCUGCGAUACACUGUCUUCACUGUUUUCUUUAUACUUCAAUGGGAAAAAAAGACAUAGCGAAUGUAUCAACGUGUUGCAAAAGUGUUUAUAGUAAUAGCAUCCUCUCAAGAAUCUUAUGUUUAGCUCCAGCAAACACUAAAAGAGGAUUUCCCAAGAGGGCAGAUUCACGAAACAGCCAUCACUGCUCCGAUUCUCUCCGAUUCCUCAUGCAAAUACAGUAAAAAUACGGCAUAGUUUGAUACUGUCUGUUACGAUAAAGUUUAAAAGUGUUUUACACUUUAUUAGUUUAUUUUAAGGUUAUAUUUAUUUAUUUUGAGCGCAAUUACCACUUCAGUUUUAUUUUGCAAAUUAAUUUAUGUGGUAAUGGUAUACACCUGAGUCGUUGCCAGAUUCCUUUGUAUUGUAUUUUUAAUUAGCAAAGGAGGGAUGAAAUUGUGACAUUUUGGCUCAUUUAUUUGAUUUUCUUUUAUUGAAUUGUUUACAGUAUUUUUCUCUGACUGGGCUCUGGGAGAUUGGUGAGAGAAAUGGAGCCAGAAUGCUACACAUACACUCAGCCGUAACACUCUCAUUGUCAGUAGUUGUUUUUCUAGAUUUAGGGAAUUUCCCCCCUCCAUGUGUUUUUUUUUCUCUUAUGUCACUCCCUGUGAUUUUACACAACAUCCGGUGACGUGGUGUCCUGUGAAGUCAGGAUGAGAGAGAUGGCACUUGAGAAGCAUGUAAAGACAGCCUUACAAGAAGGUGCUAGUUAUAAAAUAAUCUAUUUCACAACCUAGAUCAGGGGUAGUCAACCUGGUCCCUACCGCCCACUAGUGGGCGGUUUGGGAUUUCAGGUGGGCGGUGGUGGGUUCUGCAGGAAACGCCCAGUGGGCUUUGAUGGCCAUGGACCAAGGCCGACAGGGGAGAUUCUUUCAUCUACCCUGCCGACCCAUGCCCCCCUCCCUGGUAAAAUCUACGAAGAAGGGAGGGGAGACAUUAAGAUAGAUUUUUACAUCUCACCCACCUACACACAGUAUAGACCCUAUGCACCCGUCAGACACACACACAGAACCUCUGACACACACACAGCAUCCUUCUCACACACACAACACCCUUCUUACACACAGCGCCCUUUUCAAACACAGAACCCUUCACACACAUGCACACAGCACCCUUCACACACAUGCACACUGCACCCUUCACACACACAAACUGCACCCUUUACACACACUGCACCCUUCACACACACACCGCACCCCCCACACACACACACUGCACCCCCCACCCACACACUGCCCCUCUCACACACACUGCCCCUCUCACACACAGAACCCUUCACACAAACACACUACACCAUUCACACACACACACAGCACCCUUCACACACACACACACACACAGCACUCUUCACACACACACACAGCACGCCUCACACAGCACCCUUCACACACACUGCCCCCUCACACACACAGUACACCAUUCACACACAAACACACACAGCUCACACAUAGAAAAAAAAGUAGAAUAGAAAAUAGAAAAAAAAAGAUAAAUGUAAGCACAUAUUACUGCUGCACUGGUGGGUGGUAAGGAAAUUUUACCAUCAAAAAGAUACAAAAGUGGGCGUUAGGUAUUAAAAGUUUGACUUCCCCUGACCUAGAUAAAUAUUAAUAGAAUUGACUGAAACCUUAAUUAUGUUACUUUUUUUUUUAAUUGCAAUUCCUUAUUUAACUUCUAAAUGGGAAAACAUGAAUUUGUACAUUUUAUACAGUUUUUUAAAUUUAUGUAUACUUGUAAACUUUUCCAUACUGUAUUUUUUUUUACUGAAAUCUAAAAGUAUUUUUAUUUUGUACACAUCUCAGGGUCAUUCACUAACAUGGGAAUUCUAAGGAAUUUGACAGUGAAUUUCAAAUUUUAGGCAAUUUUUUAACAAUUUGGCUUUUAGAACUAUUAUUUUAAAUGCACUUUUGAUUUCUGGCAAGUCAUACCGUUUUUUUAAGAUUACGUAUAGAUGUAUGAGAGAGUUUAUCACAAUGCAGAUUAAAUCAUCUCUCAUUUAUAGAUGGAAUUACUGAAUUAGUUUGAUAUAAGUACAAUGUGUAGGAUCAGCUGAUGGCAAAAUAAAAAGCUGUCUUGUCGACAGAAACUAUGUUUACUCUCUGUUUAAAACUAUAAAUACGUGAUUUAGAAAUUGUUACGAUGUUAUAUUUAGUGUUAUUUUGUAUUUUCCUGUAUGGGGGCAUAUUCCCAUCUGCUGUUAUCUUAGUUGUUCAUUUUUAUGUGCAAAGUUUACAUCGCUAUUUUUCUAAUUUGUUUAGAUUUCCAACAUUUAAUCUCCAGCUAAAAUGUCUCGUGUAAGAUUCGAACCCACAGCAGAGGCUACUGCAGUUAAUGGGUGAGUGAUUGACAAAAUGAUUUGUAAGAAUUGUGUCCUAAACAUUUUGUGAAUAUACAGUAUCUCACAAAAGUGAGUACACAUUUUUGUAAAUAUUGUAUUAUAUCUUUUCAUGUGACAACACUGAAGAAAUGGCACUCUGCUACAAUGUAAAGUAGUAAGUGUGCAGCCUGCAUAACAGUGUAAAUGUGCUGUCCCCUCAAAAUAACACACAAACACACAGCUAUUAAUGUCUAAACCGUUGGCAACAAAAGUGAGUACACCCGUAAGUGGAAAUGUCCAAAUUGGGCCCAAAGUGUCAAUGUUUUGUGUGGUCACCAUUAUUUUCCAGCACUGCCUUAACCCUCAUGGGCAUGGAGUUCACCAGAGCUUCACAGGUUGCCACUGGAGUCCUCUUCCACUCCUCCAUGACGACACCAUCUAGCUGGUGGAUUUUAGAGACCUUGCGCCCCCCCUACCUUCCGUUUGAGGAUGCCCCACAGAUGCUCAAUAGGGUUUAGGCUUAGCCAGUCUAUCAUCUUUACCUUCAGCUUCUUUAGCAAGGCAGUAGUCGUCUUGGAGGUAUGUUUGGAGUCGUUAUCACGUUGGAAUACUGCCCUGCGGCCCAGUCUCCAAGGGGAGGGGAUCAUGCUCUGCUUUAGUAUGUCACGGUACAUGUUGGCAUUCAUGGUUACCUCAAUAAGCUGUAGCCCCCCAGUGUUGGCAGCACUUAUGCAGGCCCAGACCAUGACACUCCCACCACCAUGCCUGACUGUAGGCAAGACACACUUGUUUUUGUACUCCUUACCUGGUAGCCACCACACACGCUUGACACCAUCUGAACCAAAUAAGUUUAUCUUGGUCUCAUCGGACCACAGGACAUGGUUCCAAUGAUCGAUGUCCUUAGACUGCUUGUCUUCAGCAAACUGUUUGCAGACUUUCUUGCCAUGCAGACCAAUUUAAUGCAGUGUGUGGCGUAUGGUCUGAGCACUGACAGGCUGAACCUCUGCAGCACUGCUGGCAGCACUCAUAAGUCUAUUUCCCAAAGACUACCUCUGGAUAUGAUGCUGAACUCGUGCACUCAACUUCUUUGGUCGACUAUGGCGAGGCCUGUUCUGAGUGACGCCUCUCCUGUGAAACUACUGUAUGUUCUUUCCCAGGUUGCUGCAGCUCACUUUAUGUAGAGCAACAAUUCUUUUAGAUCCUCAGAGAGUUCUUUGCCAUGAGGUGCCAUUUUGAACUUCCAGUGACCAGUAUGAGAGAGUGUGAGAGCAAUAAGCACCAUUUUAUUGGCGCUUCUGUCUUAACUGUCUUUAAGCCCUAAAAUCAUUUCAACUUAGCUUUCUCUUCCCUGUUCUAUUCUACGUGUCCUUCUUCUUGAUUAUUCCAUUCUCCUGCUGACAUAUUCCCUCUUCUCUGUUAUUCGUGUACCUGAUCAAUGAUCUUAUUGUUAUUCUUUCCUUAUGUCAAUGCACAAAUUACCUAUUCCAGUCUCAGUCUAUUCAGUAUGCAUGUACCUUGCCAUUGCCACUCUGUUCUAGUCUGUUCUUUCUCCAUUUCCUGUCCCUUUGUUCUAGUCUGAUCUUUCUCCAUGUCUUCUCCCUCUGUUCUCCUUUGGUGAUUUUCCAUGUCAUGUCCAUCUGUUCUAGUCUGGUCAUUCUCCAUUUCUUGUACUUCUGUUCUAGCCUGGUCAUUCUCCAUGUCUUGUCACUCUGUUCUCAUUUGGUCAUACUUCAUGUCUUGUCCCUCUGUUCUAGUCUGGCCAUUCUCCAUGUCUUGUCACUCUGUUCUCAUUUGGUAAUUCUUCAUGUCUUGUCCCUCUGUUCUAGUCUGGUCUUUCUCCAUGUCUUGUCCCUCUGUUCUCCUUUGGUCAUUCUCCAUGUCUUAUCCCUCUGUUUUAGUCUUGUCAUUCUCCAUUUCUCGUCCCUCUGUUCUCAUUUGGUCAUUCUCCAUGUCUUGUCCAUCUGUUCUAGUCUGGUCAUUCUCCAUUUCUUGUCCCUCUUUUCUCGUUUGGUCAUACUUCGUGCCAUUGUUUCUCUGUUGCAUUCUGGUCAUUCUCCAUGCUUUUGUAUUACUGCUACAAAAUAAUUCUCCCUGCAGUUACUUUCUAUUCCAUUCUUCCCAUAGUUUGUGUCAGCAGCACUUUCUGUCUGUUCCAUUCAGUUAAUUCUUUCUGUCUUUGCAUGUUCAGUUAAGAUUCUUCCUGCUUUUUGAGGUUAUGCUAGGCAUAUAUGAUAAAGCUGUUAGGGCUGGUAUUCCAAUCCUUGAAAUUAUAAUAGUAAGGGGACACAAUAAUUGUGUUAGCGUAUUAACAUUUAUAGGAAUCAUCACAAAAUGGGUAGGUUUUGUUUUAUGAUUUGUUGUAUAAACAAAGUACAGCUCAAAUAAAACAUCAAAAUAAUCAUGAAAGUAUCAAAUGUUCCUUUUUUUUUUGUGAAGUGAACAAUAAUGUUACUUAAUUUUUCACUGUUAAAAGUUAGAUGUAGGAGUCAAUGAGUUCAGCACAAUUUACAUAUUGAAGUUUAAUCUGUGUAUAUUGUAUAAACAAAGAUACUGGUUCUGGAACAGGAAUGCAAAUAAUGAGGAAAUAUCAAUUAUUUACUGUAAAUACUUGUUUAUACGACAUCCUCAGCACUUUUUAAAAAAGAUCGAGUAAUCUUAUUUUUGUCAGAGGUUCAUCAUCUAUGCUCGGCAAAGAAUGGCACACCACAGUAGAAAUGUUACAAGUGGCUUGUUGGUUGGGGACCUUGUAACUGUCAGUGGUUAUACAGUAAUAAUAUCUACAUAUAGUAAAAGUGAAAGAUAUAUUACACAAUAGUUGGAAUUCAGUAAAAAGUGAUAAAGGCAAACAAACCAAAAACCCUGUAAAUGUGCGUAUCUAUUUGUCCAACCUGAUAAUAAAUCAUAAACAAUGGCUUGAGUUGGUGUUCAUCAUAGAUCAGGUCACAAAGAUAGAGAUAUUAGUCUUAAACUGGUGUCAACAACAAAAAUGCAGAUGGGACAGAGAACGCUUCAAAUUUCAACACCUAAACUGCUGGAUGUACCACAGCUGUUUCCCUUUACCCGUACUGACUCCCGGACUCACUGAUUUCAGAAUUUAGAAUUUUAGUGGUUGAUGCAGAACUUACUCACUUUCUCCUGAAUACAGUAUAUAUCCAUGUAUAGCUUUCUGGAACUCAUACUGAAGGUUUUUAUCUUGACCUGGUGGAGGAAGCCCUUGCAUAGAAAUGUGAAUAAAAUCCUUAUAUUAAAAAAAGGGCAAUCAUGUCACAUACUAUGGCAGAUUUUAAAGGGACACUAUAAUCACCAAAACAACUUUAGCUUAAUGAAGCAGUUUUAGUGUAUAGCUCACUGCUCAAUUCGCUGCAAUUUAGGAGUUAGAAAACUGCUGAUUGUUCCGCAGGGAACUACAGGCAUUCACUUAGUGUGCUGUCAGGUGAUAUUGCGAGAAUUUUGGCAUGGGGUAACAAGAAAGUUCUAUUUCUGACAGCAGUGGAUCACAUCACCACACUGAAUUGGUGUGCCCCUAACUGAAGGGACAGUAGGGGGGAGGAGGGAGAUGGUGGAUAAAUUGCUUGCCAGCAUUAAAGGACCACUAUAGGCACCCAGACCACUUCAGCUUAAUUUUCACAGUGAGAAGACGCCAGCGUCCAUAGGAAAGCAUUGUGAAUGCUUUCUUAUGGACUGGCUGAAUGCGCACACGGCUCCUGCCACGCAUGCGCAUUCAGCCGAAGAGGAGGAGAAGAGGGAGGAGAGGAGGAGGAGAGCUCCCCGCUCCCCGCACCCCUUCCUCUCCAUCCAGCCCGGCGGGAGGGGGACCCUGAGGGUGGGGGCACCCUCAGGGCACUAUAGUGCCAGGAAAAUGAGUAUGUUUUCCUGGCACUAUAGUGGUCCUUUAAGGUAAAAACUGGUCCCUGAUCCCUUAUGGUCAGGUAAGCGCCAGAUGGGUCUAUCCCACUCCAAUGCCCUUAGGGGUUAGGUCAUAUAAGGUGAGCCUUCAGAGGUGUGAGGGAGGUAAGUAAAAGAAAAAGUUGUGAAUGUAAAUGCAAAAGCAAAACACAAAAUAUAACAAGAAACAAGGGGCUGCACGAACAGGCAAGACAGUGACAGUAAGCUUAGUCAGAUGUUAAGAGACUCAGCUCUUCUAGCUACCGGCACAAAAGGCGCUAUAUUUGCCGGAUCCCAAGUGAGUUGUGGUGUCUGGUGAGUCGUGGUGGGGUGUCGUGCAGAAAGUCCCAAUGUGGUCAGGAAUGUUGGUGCAUCUGAUGCAGAGUUAAGUCUGUGCACAGCUCCAUUAUGGGUCACCAGUAGGGAUUGAGGUGUCCCCAUCUAUACAUAACUCCUGCUGAGUGCAGUUGAAGCGUGAUGUUCCGAAUGGAUCUGCGCCAUUGCAGAGUAGCUCUUAGGUCUUGAUACAUCGAUAACUGAGAGUCCUCAAAUGUGAAUGCCAUCUUCCCCGCAGUGCAGUCAUGAGGAGCCCUUUGUCUUGGGAAGAUUUACAUUGUAGAAAGACAUCCCUUGGGGUGGCAGUAAGAGGCUUAGUCAUGGAGUCGGUAUAUUCCGUCAAUGGUGAAUCUUUUAACCGCCUGUGGGGGUAACACCAUUGCCACAAGACGUCAAAGAAAGUGAGGCAAUUCUUCGGCCGUGAUUGCAGCUGGAAUGCCGUAGAUUUUUAUGUUGUUGUGUCUGUGACGAGGGCAGACAGUUGGGAGGUGAAUAUAUGCUGGGUUGAGCGUUUCCUUCUUGCCGGAAACCUCUGUGUGAAUAUCUGUCACUUCCUCCUCCGUGGCCCUCACACGGUCUGUGACAUGCUGGACAUCUGUCUUGAUCACUGCCAUAACUAUUACCAGUAGGUUUUGUAUGUCUAGGAGCAGAGUUUGCAGAUCUUGCUUAGUGUUCCCACUAAGGAGUCAAAGUGGGUGGCUGCUGCAGCACUUUGAUCUUGAUGAGAGGGGGACUCAGUGCAGUCAGGUGGCUCUGGAGGGGCCCGGCAUGAUAUUACUCUCCUCGGAUACCAUCUUGGAUUGUGCCUGCAUCUGGAGCAUGGUGCCUAAGUCCCUGGAUUCAGGCCCUGUUCUGGGUGAGGGCUUCUGAUUUCUGCGCCUCAUAGUUAGUGUACAGGUCGUGGGUUCAGGCAGGGACAGGGUUGGAGCGGUUAAGGCACUUUCGAGUGGUGAUCCGACAAGUAGUAAGUCCCAGCCAGAAAAGGCCGAUACUUUGUAGGCCCCAGACCUGCGUUUCUGUUUUUCUGGUUUCGGGGUGUGAAAAAAAGGCAUGUAUGGACUCUGGCACCUUUGCUGUGUGAAAGGCAGGGUGUGUUGCUUUUAGAUGGUGCCGGUAUCGGGCGAUAUUAAUCAGAUUUGCCCAGGCUGCAUAAAGAAAAUUAUUGAACUCCUAAAUAGCAGAGAAUUGAGCAGUGAAACUGCAGUGGCAUGAUGUAUACACCAAAACGGCUUCAUUAAGCUAAAGCUGUUUUGGCGACUAUAGUGUCUCUUUAAGUUACUUUCUUCCUAGAACAUGCAUGCUUCCCUCACAGGAUCAUCAGGUUCAGAAUUUUGGCUUAUUAUGAUGCAACUUCACUAACCUUCUACCAUCUUUCUUAUGUGCGUAUUCCAUUUCUUUAUUAUCUUUUGUCACGUUUGCUACAUGCAUACACUCAUAUCACCUUGUAAUUUGACUGGCAAGUUGGAAGACUUAUAAUGUAACUACAUGACAUGAGCCCAUGUUCCUAAUUUCCACCUUUAAAGUUUGAUCUGCUGCUCAAAGCAAUUAAUUGCUUAACCUAUGGUCUACUACCCGAAGCGCAGCCACUUCAUAGAACGUCAGUAUUCCCAAAUCAGAUAUUCGUAUUUCAUGCAAAUGACUCUGCUCUUGUACUCCAAAUGUCUCAUGCAUGAAGAAAGAUGCUGUUUGGUCUGUAUGAAAAUAAUUCAUAUAGAGCGUGACUGGUCAAAUCAUUCCCUGGGAUGAAGAAGAAAAGUUAUUAUUUAUUAGAAUGGAACAGCAUAAAAAACAUGGUUUAAUUAUUAGACUUAUGAACGAGCACUCAAUGGAGGCAAUCGAGGCAAGCUGGACAAUACUAAAGUAGAAGAGGGUGUUGAAGAAACUCUGCUAAGCAGACUGAAGCGUUAAAGGGAUACUAUAGUGUUAGGAAUAUAAAGCUGUAUUCCUGGUAUCAUAGCUCCCCCGGCCUCAUCCGCGCCUCCCUCUGCCUGGUAAAUAAAGGGUAAAACUCUUCAUAUACUUACCUGAUCCCAGCACCGAUGUCCCUCGGCGCUGGGACGACACCCCGCCCCCUUCAACGGCUCUUGAUGAGCGGGCACUAAUGCGCAUACACGGCAAAUGCAGUGAUCACAUUAGACAUCCCCAUAGGAAAGCAUUAAAGGACCACCCUAGGCACCCAGACCACUUCAGCUUAAUGAAGUGGUCUGGGUGCCAGGUCCUUCUAGGGUUAACCCAUUGUUUUAUAAACAUAGCAGUUUCAGAGAAACUGCUAUGUUUAUCAAUGGGUUAAGCCUUCCCCCAAAGCCUCUAGCGGCUGUCUCAUUGACUGUGAAAAUCACAGCUCUUGCCGCGCGUGCGCAUUCAGCCGACAGGGAGGAUCGGAGGAGGAGAGCAGGAGGAGAGCUCCCCGCCCAGCGCUGGAAAAAGGUAAGUUUUUACCCCUUUCCCCCUUCCAGAGCCGGGCGGGAGGGGGACCCUGAGGGUGUGGGCACCCUCAGGGCACUAUAGUGCCAGGAAAACUAGAGUGUUUUCCUGGCACUAUAGUGGUCCUUUAAAUCAAUGCUUUCCUGUGGGGAAAAAUCUGACGCUGGAGGUCCUCAUGCAGAGAGUGAGGACGUCCCGCAUCAGAUACCGGACCAGAGGUCCGUUUCAAUCCAGGAAGCCCUCUAGUGGCUGUCUGGUAGACGUAGACAUAGGGCAGACUUAGUACUGCAAUGUAAAUGUUUAACACUGCAGCACUAGGUGCAAAAGGGACACUGCAACCAGACCACUUCAAUGAGCUGAAGUGGUCUGGGUGACUACAGUGUAACUUUAACGUGCACAUGUUGUAAAUGCAAUAGCUUUCUUGAAAUAAUGCAGUUUUUCAAGGACUACUUUUCUGUUAUAUUUUCUUUCUUUAUUUUUGUCUCUGUGUUUAUAUUUCUGUCUGUCUAUCUGUUAAUUCAUUAAUCAAUUAACAGUCCACAGUAUCUGUCAACCUAAAUCAUAGGGUGGUUAUUGACAUAGAUUUUGCUGAUGAUAUUAUUGCAAUAUAAUAUAAUUAUCACUGUAAUUUAAUGUUCUGAUUGUGGUAGUUAUUUAGAAGCUAAUUGCGUAAUAAAUUAAUUUAUUCUAUGACUGCAUUUUUGUUGCCUCAGUUAGCUUUAAACUUGGUUAUUCAUUAGCAACAAAUGGUUCUGGUUAUGUAAUAGAAAUAUAUACCAUAUAAAAUAUUUGCAAUUCUAAAAUAAUUAAAAUGUUACUUAAACAGCGAAUUGUGAUGAACUGAAACUGAAUCAAACAGUCAAGUUGGAAAUAUACUGGAGAGGUUUUCAACUAACAUUUAAAGGGACACUAUAGUCACCAGAACAAAUACAGCUUAUUGUAUUUAUUUUGGUGAGUAUAAUUAGUCCCUUAAGGCUUUCUGCAGUAAACAUGGCAAAACAAUUUUUUUUCAGAUUAAAGGCAGUGUUUAAAUUACAACCUAGGGAUUCCUCCACUGGCUACUUCUCCGAUUGCUACUAGAGGUGCUUCCUCCUCUGCAUGGAGACACCGAACAUUCCUCAUAGAGAUGCGUUGAUUCAAGGAGAGGAGAUGCUGAGUGGCUAGGGCUGUGUUUGGCUUGUGCUGGCUCUGCGCUGGGAGCAGGGUGGUAGUUUUGGUUUUAACACUUUAGGAUACAUGUUUGUGUUUCUACCAUAUAGUGUUCCUUUAACCCCUUAAGGACACAUGACAUGUGUGACAUGUCAUGAUUCCCUUUUAUUCCAGAAGUGUGGUCCUUAAGGGGUUAAAGGGACAUGCAUCACUUGACAAUAUUUUUCUUAAACCUACCAGCAAACACUUUUAAACAAAUAUUGAAACCAAAAAAACUCCUGAAAAACUUAAACUGAAAAUGUAUCUAAUAAACUUAGAUAUAAAUAUAGAUAAAUGUAUCUAUAAACUUAUGCAGGAUAAAGAGGUUCUACAUUUAAUUACAUUUUUAAACCUCACAAUACAUGUUUGUAAAUGAAAUACAGAGAUAAGUAAACAUAAUAUUACAAAUCCUGAGAAGUGGCAAAACACAUCAAGAAAUGUAUUAAUUCAGUAAAAGUAAAACAAAUAAUACUUAAUUUUCAAUUAAUACAUACAAUUUGCAUUGUAUUUAAAUCCUGUGAAAUAUUUUUUUAAAUCAGUGUACUUUGUUUAAUUUCAUAAUUUUAUUUUCUAUAUUAAUAUUUUAAAAAUAAAACCAUAAAAAAUAUGUUGUAUUGCUAGGGAAUCACUUACCCCAAAAGCUGCUCUGAACCACAGCAUAACUUUUAUAUAUAAUUAGCAGCAAUAGCCUAGAUAUAGGAAUUGCCCAAGCAGUUGGCUUUGGUUCCAUGGUAUUCCCAGACCUCUUUCUCUGCUUGUAGAACAGGUCAUUUUAAUAAUGCUAUUGCAUGCCAAGAAUACUAAUACAAAAUUAAUAAACUCCAGUGUCUUUCUUAAUAUGUGUUGAGAUGCUGCAGAUAAAUGACAUGUUGCAUGUUUCAGGAUAAGAUUAGAUUAAAAAUGAAUGACAUUUUCUUGUCACAGUUCCUGAAAUUUCAACUGGUACGAAAAAAAUGUAUUAGUAUUUGUAGAAGAUAAGACAAACCUCCAAAGCUCUGUAGAAUAUGUUGAUGCUGUAUAAAUAUAAAUAAUAAUAAUAAUAAUAAUAAUAAUAACAACAAUUAUAUUAAGAAGAACUAAUGAAUGAAGUUAGGCCAGCGGUUCCCAAAUUGCAUGCCGGGCACAUAGGGGCGCCGCAAAUUGUUUCCCUGGUGCUAUGAUAACUUCCCCCACACACAUAGCACGGGGAACCGACUCUGCAGGACUAGAGGGGAGAUCAGAGAUCUGCUGCAGCUGGCAGGGAGAGAGGGAGGACCCUGGGGAACUCUUACCUGCAGCUCUGCCGUGUUCUUUCUCGCGAGCUCGGAGCAUUGCUGCGAUUACCACGGAAACGCUCCGAAUCUCGUGUGAGUAAACUCUAGCCUCAGGAGCUGCUACAGUUCACUCUCACCACUUGGACCACCAGGGAUUUCCUUGUACUGUCCCCCUCCCAGGCAAAAGUAAGAAGGGAGGGGGGGAUAUAAAAAUAUAUUUUUUUUACAUUAAAAAAAUAUUAUAUAUAUAUAUAUAUAUAUAUAUGUUUUAAUCUGCCCUCCCAACCCCACAUAACUCCCCAUACACACAUACUGCCCCCACACACACACAUAAACACACUUCCCCCUACACACAUACACACACUGUACCCCACACACAUACACUACCACUACAUACACACACACUGUACCCCUCACACACACUGUCCCCCCCCCCACACACUCUACCCCCACACAGGCUCUACCCCCCACAAACACUGUCCCCCACACACACUGUGCCCCUCAUGCACACUGCACCCCUCACGUACACACUGCCCCACACACUAUGCACAACUCUCACACACACUGCACCCCUCAAACACACACUACAUACUUCUCACACAGACUUCACCCCCACACACACACACUACAUCUGUCACAAACACAAUGAACUCUUGAUGUUCAGUCGUUUCCUGGGAGUCGUUAUUGGGGUCAGUUAUGUGAGUCUAGGCUCCUUGUUAGGUCUGUUUGUGUUUGUUUCGUUGUUCGUCUGGUGCAGAAGAAUGUGUGCGAUUCCGUCGAGCGCAGUUUUUGAGUCGCGUGUGGUGAUUGUCUCGGCUGCUUUAAAUUUAUAAUGCCCCACUGGGCGUAGGUCCCCUCCUUACAAGGGUAAAAAACUUACCUGGAACUCAGCAUUGGCAAAUCUCCUAGCACUACCUUUCAUAUUCCGUCUGACGUGCCUGAUUGUGGUCCAAUCAAACACUUCUCAUAGAAGCGUUUAAUUGGACCGUUUCCCUCCCUAAGAGCACGUGCGCCCUCUGAGCUAAAUAGGGGAAUUUGAAAAAAAAACAAAACAAAAAAAACAAACAAAUAAAAGACACUGCAGGGACAGCUUGGAAAAAGGGAGAGAGGAAGGGAAGGGCAGGAGUCACCUUGCAGUCAGCGAGAAUCUCCUUACAUCCGUCACUAGCGAGCUGUGCAUGCUGACGACAGACAUAAAUUUUGCACAGAGUUGACAUUGUUCCGGAGCUUCUUAAGUCACGUGUGCCGAGUGUUGUUACUAGCCCUCGGCACAAAAGGGCAAAUAACCCGAUACGUGUAGUAUUUCAAGCAGAGAUGCUGCACAAACAGACUUUUACCACCAUGACCACUUCUAAAAGCAAAAGUGGUCAUGGUUGUUGGAGUAACCCUUUAAACUUGUUUUAAUGUAUAAAAAGCAGCACAGUGUUUUUAAUUUUCAGUGUGCCAAAACAUUUACUUGACAAUUCACGUCAGAAUUUCUAAAAUAGUUUAUCUGUUUGAGUUGCCAGUUCUGUGUAACCGAACUUGCUGGCGUUUUUUUUUUCAUGGCGCACAAUUCACAAAGACGUCUGUGGCAAAAUGACACAUGCCUCCCUUAAAAUGAUCCUUCCUUUCAUUUAAAUGGUGCAAAAUAUUGAAAAUAUCUGAAAUUCUGUAUCCUUCUGCAUAUUUAGAUUUAACACGACUGAAGAGAAAAUAGAAAUUGAUGAUGGAAAACAUGAACCCGAAGAGGAGGAAACGUGGAGCUAGUAAGUGUUGUAUAUAGAUGUUCUUGUAAAAACACAAUGAGUGUGUGUAACGUAAACAGCGGUUGAUCUCAAUAUUUACAUCAAAUAAGUUGUUCAUCACACUGGUGAUGUGUGAGUGAGUUCACAAUGCACUAUACAUGUUUCUCAAAAAAGAUACAUUUUUAUUAAAGGGACACCGAAGGCACUGUAUCUGCUUCAUCUCAUUAAACUGGUUAUAGUGCCUAGUGCCUGGAGUCCACGGUACCAUAAUUUAUUUCAGAAUUAAACAGUUUUUAAUGUUUUAACGUUUUAAUGCUAAACAAUAGUCCCCGGCAGUCCAUCCCCUUUGUGCUGCUUUGGCUAAUAAGGAAGUAUUACCCUGAGCAGCAAUGAGCAGCUGUGAUUGGCUGAGAGUGUCAGCUGACUGCUUUAAGCCUGUCACUGCUCCAACUGACGGUAUGAAUGGGUAUGACAACACGGAAGUGUCUAAUCUCUGCCUUAGCUACACAUACAGAAGGGGCCGGACUGUGGGUGACCAGGGACUCUUAUUUGGCAUACUGCACGAACAUGGUGCAACACUGAAUGGAGGGACAGUGCCAAGCCACUCCAGCCACUCAGUGUGCACUUCCUGUUAGUCCGGCCGGGUACAGGAAACAAAAGCUCCCUGUACCCGCGGACCAUCAUGCUGCAGGGCUCGGCCACGCUACAACAAAGGUGGGGGGGAGGAGAAAGAAAUUGGGAGGGAAGGGGGGAGAAGAAAUGGGAGGGUGGGAGAAGAAAUUGUCAUGGAGGGGUAAGAAGAAAUUGGGAUGGGAGGGGGGGAGAAGAAAUUGGAUGGAGGGGGGGGGAGGAAGAAAUUGGGAUGGAGGGGGGGGAGAAGAAAUUGUCAGGGAUGGGGUAAGAAAAUUGUGAGGGGAUGGGGGGAGAAGAAACAUUGCAGGGGAAAGAAACAUUGAGGGCAGGGGGAGAAGAACAUUGAGGGAGGUAAGUGAGAAGAAAUCAGGGAGGGAGGGGGGAAGAAGAAAUUGGGAGGGAGGGGCAAGAAGAAAUUGUGAGGGGAGAAGAAACUGGUAGGAGAAGAAGAAAUUGGCAGGAGGGGAGAAGAAAUUGGGAGGAGGGGAGAAGAAAUUGGUAGGGGACCGGGGAGAAGAAAUGGGGAGGGAGGGGUAGAAGAAAUGGGGGAAGGGAGGGUAGAAGAAAUUGUAUAAGGAGGGGAGAAUAAAUGGGGAGGGUGGGAUAAAAAGAAAUUGGUAGGGGAGGGGGGAGAAGAAAUGGGGAGGGUGGGAGAAGAAGAAAUUGGCAGGGGAGGGGGGAGAAGAAGAAAUUGGUAGGGGAGGGGGGAGAAGAAGAAAUGGGGAGGGGAGGGGGGGAGAAGAAGAAAUUGGUAGGGGAGGGGGAGAAGAAGAAAUUGGUAGGGGAGGGGGGAGAAGAAGAAAUUGGUGGGGGGGAGAAGAAAUUGACGGGGGUGAGAGUUACAGGGGAGGAAGGGGCAAUGAGAGUGGAAAGGGGGAGGGGAGAAGAGAGUGACAAGGGAGGGAGAGGGGGGGAGAAGAGAGUAACAAGGGAGGGGGGAGAGAUUGACAUCCAUCACACACACAUGCAAUGCACCCCUUGCACACAGAAAAACACACAAUGCAUUACACACACAGACACACACACACACACAAACAAUGUAACCCUUACACACAAUGCAUCCCUUACACACACAGAAACACAAUGCAUUCCUUACACACACUCAAUGCACCCCUUACACACACUCAAUGCACCCCUUACACACGCACACACUGCAUCCUGUACAUACACAGAAACACACCUUGCAGCCCUUACACAUACAAACACAGAUUCACACAAUGCAUUCCUUACACACAUAUCAGGACAUCCCCUACACACUCCACCCCCUGUGAACAAACUCAUUGGUGGAACAUGAAGGUGGACCCUGGGACCCAGACCUUGAGCUGUGUAAAGGGCCCCCCAAAAAUGGAGCUGCUUCCCGUUCUCCAAGUAUAUUGAUUUCUGUGACCACAGUUACAAACAGCCUCCAGAGAGCCUGUUCUACACCAGACCAGUGGAGCCAGACUGCAGCUAGAGCCCAUCAUCAUCCUCAUCUGCUUGUAAGUAGGUAAUGUAGUAUAUUAUUCGUGGCACUAAUCUCUAAUUUACCUCACAUUAAAGAAACACUAUUCCGUUGUUGAAAAAUUUGCACUAAUUAAAAGCAGGCGAAUUUAAAUUAAUCUGUAUAUUAUAUACAGAUUGAUAUCUUGCACUUCUAUUAAAGAAUUACAAUUAGAGGUACAGGAUUGAGGAAGUUGGCUCCAUCUAGCCCAGUCUUGGAUCAUCUCCAGGGUAUGGUUCCAUUUUGAUGUUUAGUUUUUGUUCUUGAUAUUUUUUGUCGUUUACGAUGGUUGUGAGACGACAUAUAAUAGCAUGGCCCAUGCUAGGUUACUACAUUUGUAUAUUUGUAUUCAUAGACCUGCUGAAAAUGUGGAGAAUGUGUGUAAUGCAUGUUCGCACUCAAUAAAGUGUUGGAAAAUAAACUUGUAUUUAGAUGCAUUUUACUUUAAUUACAUAAGUAUUUUCAUAACAAACAAUACAUGUGCUUGGGGGGUAAGGGUUUCUUUAACUAAUCUAGUGGAAGAGACUCGAGUGCCAAAAUCCACGGGUUAGGGGGCGCAAAUGACUUGCCUUGCCCCGGGUGCUGACAACCCACGCUACGCACCUGCACUCCAGGCACUAUAACCAAUUCAAAGAGAUGAAAUGGUUAUAGUGACUACAGUGUCCCUUGAAUUAAAAUUAAAGUAACUCUUCAGAUUUUCACAGUCAUUCUUUAUAAGAUGAUCUAGAUGGGUUAAAACAGAAUAGUGUAGAAUAAUGAGGCUAAAGAUGACUAAGAUACAAUCAUAACCCGUUUGCAUCCAUGCCCGCCAUAGAAAUAGUGGUCUUUAAAGUCUGUUAGGAUAGCACGGAAUGUUCUGCAGUUUUGGUGUGAGCCGGGUUAAAUCACUGAUCACACCAGGUACAUAUUGGUAUCAACUGAUACCCAGGGCUCACCUCUAGUGGAUGCUGGCUGACGGAUAAGCUGUGUGCAGUGCUCAAAGUGAGUCCCUAAGAACUGAAAUCAUGUACUGUAUACUCUUAGAUGUAAAUGCAUUGAUAACUGAUGUAAUGGUUUUUAUUAUUUCCUAAAUAAUAGUACUUAUUUAAUUGACCUUGAAAGCAUGAAAGCAUCAGGUAGCCUGUGGACCUUUACACCAUGAAGUUCAAACAGGCUGUACAGGUGGUGCAUCACUUAACUGGACUGCUCCAUAAGAUUAAAUAAAUGUAUUAUUUUUGUGUGAUAUCUUAAGAGUUGGAGAACAAGUUGGCACUAUAUAAAUGCCAAAUAUAGCAAUAAUACUUUGAAUUGUAAGCUUGUCCUUAAAGAUUGUAACCUCGCUUGAGCAGUCCGUGUCUCUGUUAUUAUUCUGUAUGACAAUUUCUUGUUGUCAAAUAUCCCCAAUUCCAUAAUUGCAAAGCUCUUUGAAAUAUAUUGUCCCUUCACACUACUGAGUGAGAUAAAAUAAGUAGCAUUAAAUUGGCUAUAUUGUUCUAAGUUAACAUGUUGUGCUAAGGUAACAUCCCCAGGACGCACUUGAAAACCAGAGUAAUCUGAAUAUACCUUUCCUGGUUAAAUAGUUUGUCAUCAUCAUUAUAUACACUGAUCAGCCACGACAUUAAAAAAACCUGCCUACAAUUAUGUAGUUCCCUCUCAUGCUUCCAAAACAACUUUGAUGUGUUGAGGAAUGGGCUCCACAAGACCUGUGAAUGUGUCCUGUGGUAUCAGGAACCAAGACAUUAGCAGAUCCUUUCUGGAAGUCCAGAGUUGGCAUGGCCGGUAGGGAGGUCAAAUAUCUAUGUCUAUAUCUAUAUCUAUAUGAGAUCUCAUGCAGGGCGGGCGCACAAGUACAGAGAAGAUUUUAUUGUAUCAGAGCGUCCUUUUGGGCAUUCAAAAACUGACUGUUCCCUUGCUGUCUAUUAUAUCCCACCUCUUAACAGGACCAUUGUAACGAUAUAAUUAAAUGUUAUUCAUUUCACAUGUCAAUGGUUUUAAUGUUGUGGCUGAUCAGUGUUAAUGUUAUUAAUAAUAAUAAUUCAUGGAUUAAAACAAAAUGAAUGGAUACAUGUAAGCCUUGGAAAGCUCAUCUCAUCACUUCUGACUGGUGAUACAUACAGCUUCCAGCAUACUUUGAUAAAAGUCACAUGUAUUGACUGUCAUCUUACAUAUAUUUCCUGUAUUGUUUUUACAGCAAACUGAAAAAAUGUCUCUCUCCACUAGUGAUGUCUUUUGGAUUCAGGUAAGAAACAUAUCUAUUUUGUUUUUAUAUUUCUUGAAUAUAGGCUCAAGGUGCAUGGAAAAAUAGCCAAGAUGAAUGGGCACAUUGCAAGUGUAAAGAACAAAUAAAUUGCCUAAAACCUUUUAAUGAGUCAUUUGUUUGCUAGCACUUUGGAUCCACUGUGUAGAAAGAAGGUUUUACUUUGAUUUGUGUAAUAAAUAAUAAUACAAAUAAGAAUAAUAAGAAUAAUAAUAUAGACAACAGCAGGACCUAUGCUGAAUAAAGUGGCAACUUUAAUAAUCAGGAUUCAAGAAGGAAAACAUAACAAGACACAGACCAGAACAGGGAUAGGCAACCUUCGUCACUCCAGAUGUUCUGUACUACAUUCCCCAUAAUGCUGGCAAAGCAUCAUGGGGGGUGAAGUCCAAAACAUCUGAAGUGCCGAAGGUUGACUAUGCCUGGACUAGAAUAAUAACAAUGAGGAUGGAAAUAUGAAGCUACAGCUUGAAAGUUUGGAUCCCAGCUGUUUGUCCUCAAGGCUUAAAUGGAGAACUUAACUAAACAUUAUGUAGAAGUGUCCAGAGAAAAGCUCCAGAAGAGCUACAAAUACAGAUUGAGAACCUCUACCUACUACUACUGCAAGCUGAUCUUAGUAGCCACUCAGAAAGCGAGGACCAAGUCACUAUGAUCCCCUUAAUGUAGAGAGGAUGAUCCAGAAACACUGAGUAGCAAAAACCGGUGAAUUGUCGGAAGCAAAAAUGCAGUAUUUCAGCUCUCACAAGGAGCCUUUCUGUCUUGCGAGAGCCGAAUCAUGUUUGUGCUCCCAAUAAAUUGCCAGUUCAGUGUACCUGGACCCUUCUUCUCUAAAAAGGUUUCCUGGGAGUAUGACCACUCCAGUCAAUGUGGCACCCAAGACACACCAUAUAUUUGGUGAGUGCAGUCUCUGGUUCGUGAUUUUGAAAUGCAUUUAGAUAUUAGAGGCCUCUCUCCCCACCCUUUCACCUUUGAGUGCCCUGUCCAUAGCCACAAAGAUUUUAUUUUAACAUUAACAUCAGUAACGGAGAAGUAACAUGCAUCCUUAUUAUUUUAAUCCUUUACAUAUUUUUUUCUCUCUAGACUCCACGGGGUUCCACUAAUCAGUUAAUAUCUUUCAGAGGAGUUCUUAGUUUAGAGAACAACUCAUUGACUUAUGAAGUCAAAUUGAUUAUGUAAGACGGGAUCUUGUCCAAUCCACUUCAAAGCUGAAAUCCCACCAUAUUUUACUUUGACAGUGACACCCAUUUACAAACUGCUUGUAACUAUGACAGCUUUACUAUCCUUUACCCUAGUUUUUUUUUUUCAUAUGUGUUGUCUAAGCUUUUCUAAUCUAUCCAAAAUGGUUUAACACAUAGUUUCUAAGAAAAGAACAAAAUAAAAAAAAAAAAGAGAAUAAUAUUGAUAUUUAACACCUAGAGCAGAGUUUAAAAUAAUAACUUGUCAACAAAGUAAGCGUGCCGUGGGCAAUAAAGAACAUUCAAAAAAUCGUUUUCGUUUGAAUUGUUGUAAGUUAUGAAAAAUAAAAAAGCAAUGUCACCCUCUAAGCUGCUGGUCGGCCUUUGAUUUUAUCUAACACCACUCUUUUGUGACAGUCAAAAUCAGCAAGUCAACAUCAGCAGGGCUUGUACAGAGUAUGUAAGGUAAUAACUAGCAUAAUCAAGGUUAUGCUGUAUUUAGGAAUCCAGAAGUCAGGAUUAGGCAGUAAACUAGAGGUAACCAGAAUAGGACAUAUAUAGAUAUAUCUAAUAAGUAUAUCAGACAUCAUAAUAUAUACAAGUCAUAUUGAGCUUGAAUUACAGGGGGGCAUUCCCAGGAGUGUUAAAUGAUCAUUUGUAAAUAAACUUUGAAUGACACAUGCACAGAGAAACAGGAGUCACUUUUUCUGAAGCUGCCAUUCAUCGCACCUUGUCAUAGUUGUCAGUGUCCACAAAUUAAGCAUGGUUUGUGAACCCAGCGGGAAACAUCCUGGAAUUGAAGCGUGACUAUCAGGAAUUAGGAUAAACAACAUAAUGGGACAUACCAGCCAUGCUCACAAGACUGGUUGCAUCUUUCCUCAAGUUCCAGCUCUUCACCAUUCCACAUAUUUUGUCCCGAGCUUUAAAGAUUAGCUGGGACAAUCUUCUUACCUUGCCAACCAGCCUAUAGCUUCAAACAGUACUUCACAUAGGCUUAUGAAGAUCAUGCCAGGAUGUUGGUGGCCAACAGUAUAAAUACAUUAUAUAGAAAAUGCAUUAUACUAUACAAUAACACUUAUUAAACUGUUACUAGCUCCCGACUGAUUCCUCUUCUGCAACUGUCAUUAGCCUAAUACUAUCCUUACCUUUUUGUGUCACUUUACCCCACUCCCUCUAGCAUGUAAGCUCAUUGAGCGGGGCCCUCAACCCCUCUGUUCCUGUGUGUCCAACUUGUCUGGUUACAACUACAUCUCUGUUCGUCCACCCAUUGUAAAGCGCUGCGGAAUUUGAUGGCGCUAUAUAAAUAACAUAAUAAUAAUAAUAAUUUAGAUAUGUCUUUUCUGCAGUAAGUUCUGAAGAACUGAUAAAGCCACUUUUAAUGCUCCCAAUAUUUUCAUGCAAGUUGAGCAUAAACCAAAAACUACUGUGGCCUUCCGCAGUGAGAGCCCAAUAAACUAGGAGCCAAAUCUGAUCCCCCACUUUAUUUUCAGUGGAAAUUGAGCAUAACACAUCAUAUUACAUAAACCCCAAUAUGCAUUUGUAGUACUGGAAUGGGCAAAUGUGAGCAUGCUCCUCUGAGUCUAUAAGUAAAGGCGAGAUCUUUUAUUUGCAGCCAUUUUGAAGGUCUAUGCAGAGUCUGGGACAGUGGACCUUUGUGUGUCAGCUAAGGGUCCAAGGUCGUUAGGAUGUUUGGAGUGUUUCUUCAAACUGGUGGUGCAUUGCACACAACUGUCACUCACUGCUCUGAUUAGCCAUUUAAUAAUGAAUGGGACUAGCCUUGUCUUUUUUCAUAAAUAUCUCAUUUAUAAAUUUGUUAGGAAUUAGGCACCAUAUAGAAGACAUGUACAUUUUUUAAUGGGGCAGUGUGUCAUCUUUGACAUGUAUACUUUAAUUACAGUUAAUAUAAAUUAUGACUAAUGUAUUCUUGUAUAUAAUUAUUAACAUGUUACCUAAUUUAAAGAUGAAUAUGACUAGAAAACAUGUUAAUAACAGAGUACUUUGAACAUAUACACAAUGUUUCAGGAACACUAUAUCGCUGUGUAAAAACUAGUGGUGUUUAACUAAAAUGUAUGCUUUCAUUAUGAUGUUAGAGAGAGGAAUAUGUUUGCAAGAUGCAACUUGCUGGUUGCUAUAAAAGUUUCAGUUUACUUACUGAGGGGAGAAUUGUAAAGGUUUAAGGGAAUUGCAACAUUUAAGUUAAAAAUAUGUAAAAUAGAAGCAUUCUCCAAUUUAGCAAUUUUUCGGAUAGAAAUGCUGAAUUUUGGCACGUCUCAUAACUUAGCUGAGGAGGUAGAGAUUUGACCCAAUAGAGGCCUCAUUAAAGCAUCUGAGAAGGGUAAACCCAGUGUCUGACAGAUAAGAGUUGAGCUCACUUCUACUAAUGGAGCAUAGACAGGUUAUGGCCUGGGCCCCAUUUAUAUCAGAUCUAAUUAUCCUGCAGCGAGCUUCUGUGUCACAGGUCUCAGUGUUCGUCACCAUAAUAUGAUAGACCUAUAGAAGUCAUUAGAGAGGAAGAGUUCGGAAACCCUCAAAAUGGCAAGAGGGUUAUUCACAAGUAUUAGCCUGAACACGUUGUUGACACCAGAGUGACUGGAAACAUAUCAGCAUGUCCUUUGGAUCCCCAACAGGGGCUCUGUGCAACUUGGGAACCCAAAAAGUCAUAUUCAAGGAGGAUAGUUUUGACUAUAGAGGAGGUAAAGGAGGUCAGCAUUCUGUGAAUGUAGUGAGGAACUUCAUAUUCUAAUAUGGUUUUUCAAUACCUCGAAUAUUGAGGUUGCGCUGAUGUUUAUAGUCUUCAAGUGCCGCUCGCUACCUUGUCCUCCAUGAUGAGGUUAGCUUGCUGAAGCAUGUCCACCUCCAUCUGGAAAUUUUUGUGUUUGGUUUUUGAGAUGUCUCUGUCAUCCUCCAGUGCUUGCAGCUGUCAAAGCCCACAUGUCCUCCUAGACAACCGCAAUAUUUGCGACAAAAAGAGCAUUUAGCUCUGUUAGGAGUGGUCCUGAGUGGUAUUGUGCUUGACGGUUUAUUUCUUUGCCCGAUAGGAGCUAUGGAGUAAUCAGGAUCACCAUCCCCCCCCCAUAAAAAACAUUUUAGUUUCUUUUUGCUGUUCAUUGCUGCAGUUUUUAAAUAAUUAAGGGGACACUCUAAGCAACAAAACAAUGUAUCUUAAUGAAGCGGUUUUUGUGUAUAGGUCAUGCCCCUGUUGUCUCACUGCAGUGUGUUUACUUUUAAAAAUCUUAUCUCCUAUUUUGGUAAUUAAACUUUAACCCCUUAAGGACGACGGGCGGCAUAGCACGUCCAUGCCGUCCAGGGGACUUACCUUAACUUAACUUUGGCCAGGGUUUGUGCCUAAGUGACUACCAAAAAAGAUUGGACAUACCCCAUUUGCAAUAACUUGGGUUGUCUACUAUUGCAAAUGGUAUGCCAUCAUGGGGGUAAUUCUCAUUCCUGGGCUACCAAACGCUCUCAAAGGCAACAUAACCAAUCUGGCGAAUACAAGUAUAUGUAUUUUGUUGCAGUUAAAGCUAACAGUAUUAUGACAUUCACAGUUAAAUUUCAUGCAGAACUAAAACAAUAACAACAUUUCUUAAUUUCUCACAUUUUUUUUUAUAAUUUAUUAAUAUUAAAAUAUGUUUCAUAGCUAAAUAUUUGAUGUUAAAUGAAUGCCCUGAAUAAAAUGAUAUAUAGUGUGGGUGCACUUAAUAUGAAAGAGGUGAAUUAAGGUUGAACAGACAUAUAGUCAAAUUCCAAGUUUUGUUUACGCUUUAUUUUGAUCAAAACGUGUACAUUUGCCUCAGUCCUUAAGGGGUUAAUUACACACGAGACUGCUGCAGGCUCUAGCAGGCAAUUAACUGAGCAGGGCAUGAGAAAUUAAACACAUGCAAUAAAGGAAGUUUAAAAAUUAGAUCUAUCUUAGCAGAAAAUGUGAAGGGAGGCUGUUAAAGUCAUUGGAAGAAGAGGUGUGGCUAAGGCUGAAUAAACAAAGUGAUUUUACUCAUAAAUGGCAAAGAAUUGAGCAGUGACACUGUAGAGGCAUGAUCUGUACACCAAACCUAUUUCAUUAUGUUAAAGUUGUUUUGGUGCUCAGAUUUCUCUUUGACUGUCUAGAGAUGUGCUUUGGUUUUGAGGUGUUUGGGGUCAACUGCCAGAAUCAGACUAGUUUUUUUUUUGGUUUUUUUUUAACUGUUAUUGAUUUCCUUUGGUUCUGAUUCUUGUGAGUGUAAUGCAGAAGUCGACAGUGCACUUAGUCUAUAAACAGCAGUGAAUUGGGGAUAACAACACACAAGAAGGAAUGGGGAAUUGUUAUAAACAACAAACUAGGCAACAAUGUGCAAUGUCAGUCAGCAGUUGCUAAGUCAAGUAAGGUAUUGCCAUGUAUAAAAAGGGUUAUUAAUUCUUGGAUUGAAAAUAUCAUAUUUUUUCUUUAUAAAUCAAUUGGCAAAACCACGCCCUGAAUAUGCUGUGCAAUUUUAGGCACCUGUUCUCAAGAAGGAUAUUAUGGCACUAGAAAAAGUGCAGAGACGGGCUACAAAAUUCAUAAAAGGAAUGGAAAUUUUUUGUUAAGAAGAAAAGUUCACAUAUUUAAAUCUGUUUAGUUUAGAAAAACGGCGCCGGAGAGGGUAUAUGAUAGCAUUAUACAAAUAUAUUCGGGGCCAAUACAAACCUUUCUCUGGAAAUCUAUUCAUAGACAGGACUAUACAUAUGACACAACUAUACAUAUGACACAAGGUCACACAUUUAGACUGGCAGAAAUUAGAUUUCGUCUAUGGCGAAGAAAAGGUUUUCUUUUUACAGUAAGAAUUAUAAGGAUGUAGAAUUCUCUGCUGGAGAGGUGGUUUUUAUCAGAUGUUUAAACAGCAACUGGAUCAAUACUUGCAAAACAUAAUAUUCAGGGAUGUAAUUUUCCAUCUGUGGGGUAACAGCUUAUUAAGGAGAGAUCUGGCUGCCAUUCUGUGGUCAAGGAUUUUUUUUUUUAUCCUAGUUUGUUGCAAAAUUGGAAAGAGCGUCAAGCUGGGUUUUUCCCCUCUUUUGGAUCAACAGCAAAAACAGAUUUGAGAAAGGCUGAACUUGAUGGGCGCAUGUCUUUUUUCAGCCCAUGUAACCCCUGGAUUUUCUUAAUAAACAGCUCACUGUUUAUUGUGUGUCCGUAUGUGUAUGUGAUAAUAGAUAAUUUGUUAAUUUGUUAUAGGCCAGGUUGUUCUAUGAAUUUGAGUGCUUGUGCUAAUCUCAUUUUCUUAUAGUAAUGUUUCAUAACAAACAGAUUAGUGCUAGAAAAGGGAGGGUCCCAGCAUCUUUCACACGGAUUAACCUGUAAAGUAAAUCUCAGUUGACAGACUGUCUCACCUGCAAUCUGUCACUCAUACAUUUAAGUUCCUUUUCUUUAAACAAUAAUUAAUACUUGUUACAUUAAAAUAAUACUUUACUUAAUAAGGGGAGAAAAGACUAUAAAACAAGUGAUGAGUUUCUGCUCAAUAGUAGCGCUACUCUUCACUUGGUAUCCACAUGUACACUGAAGGAAAAAUCUUUUGUACAUGAACAGGCAAGUUUUGCCAAAACACAGCCUUAUUAGCAAUUUAAAGAGCGGUAAUAAUUUAGGUAGUAUUUCAAUGUAUUUAUUCUAAUUUUUGACUUCCAUGUUUGAUAAUUAAAGGGACACUAUAGGCAUCAAAAUAACUUUAGCUUUAUGAAGCAGUUUUGGUGUAUAAAUCAUGCUCCUGCAGUCUCACUGCUAAAUUCUCUGCCAUUUAGGAGUUAAAUCACUUUUGGUUUCUGUUUAUGCAGCCCUAGCCACACUUCCCCUGCAUGUGACUGACACAGCCUGCAUGAAAACUGCUUCAUUAAGCUAAAGGUGUUUUAAUACCUAUAGUGUCACUUUAAUGUCUCCCCAGAACAGAAUGCCCAAAAUGCAUAUCCUGAAUGUGGGCUAACUUAGGGAUCUACCUGUAGAUUGCCCCUGUCAUAAAAAUUAUAAUAAAUGUAUGACUAUGCAACAAAUGCAGUGUUUCUCUCCACUGAACAUACCAUUAUUUGCAAGCUAUGCAUUGCACAUAAUUAUCCUUAGCACAAACUAUUAUAUACAGCACAAUAAAUGCAUUGCAUCUCUCUUUUAGUGCAUUCUAGUAUAUGCAGUGCAUGACAUGCGUUCAAUGGGCUGGAUUGUUUUAGUAGAGUAAGGGCUUACUCUGCUUACUGAACAGCAAUUUUCUUUUAAACUCAGGUGGAGGAAUUGCUAUUUAGUAAGUAGAGUAACUCCCUACUCUGCUGCAAGAAUCCUAAACUCUCUUUGUCUGUACAUAGUACAUACGACUAGUCUCUGUACCAGAACUAUAAUGUAUCUGUCUGUGGUGACCUCACUUGUAAUACCCCAGACUCUAUCCGUGGUGCUGAGCGAAGGUGACGAGACAGGCAGAUCAAGGAUCCUUCUAUAUUACACAGUCAGUCUCAAAUCACCUCUCUGUCCCUAUGUGAAUGUUUUUUGUUUUUUUUGUAUUGUUACCUUUUGUUAAUUAUUUAUUGUUUUCUAUUUUAGGGUAUUUGGUGUUUUACUCAUUAUUGUGGACUUUAUCUUCGUAAUUGUGGAUCUGUCUGUCACAAACAAAAGCAACGAGACCAGCGCCAUCAUAUGUGGAAUUUCUUUAACCAUAUCUUUGUUCUUCCUCGUUGACGUCCUUCUACAUAUCUUUGUUGAAGGGUAAGUGACCAAUGCACUUGCUGGCUGCACAGCCUGACAAAUAGCUAUCAUAGUGAAACAACUGAUCUACUUCUGUGCUGGUUCAGUUGGUUAAUGCACUAAUUGUAUAAUCUGUAUAAUUUGCUUUUCUUCAAAUUCGUUGCAAAAACGCACAGCUUUUAAUCCUUCUAAGGCCAUUAAAAUUGACAUUGUUGGGAAAUGGUACCAUUUAUUGAAGCGAAUAUAGUUUCACAAGUACAAUACGACAACUGUUAUGAAUAUGAGACAUGCAGGCAGUGCAUAUAAACCAAAAUGCAAGUAAGUAAUAGGUGUUCAGUAUGCAGUUUUACGUAAAAAUAAGAAGGAAAUAUACAUAUGAAUGAGCAUCUAUCAAGGUCUACAGAACAUCUCAUAACAUCAUGUAGUGGUAGUCAUACCCUUCAAUGGUAAGCUAGGUGCGGGGAUCUCGUUAUUGUUAUCAUGCUUAUUUUGUUCGAGCAGACUCAGUGACAUAGGAGCCAUCUGAAUUGUAAAGGUAGGAUCUGAACUAUUGAUCUUGUUCUUGUUUAUAUGCCUUUGGGAAAACCGAGUACUGAGGGUUGGAAAGUAGGUCAUAAUUUGAGGCAGGAGAUCUAGGUUGUGGCAAGGAUCGGUAGGGUUGGAAAUAUAUCCUUCCCCAAAUCUCUCAUGGUCUCAGUGUUACUAUAGGAAAGGACUCUCGGAGUAUGUGUAUAACUAUGUCAGCACCAAUAUUAUCGGUUGGCUCCUACAUAUCUUGAUACACUGAUCGGACUCGCCCACAUCAUCGCCUUGAAAUGGUACUAUUUAUUAAUCACUGAUCUGUUGGUUAAAUACAAGCUAUAGGAAAACUUACUUUCUUUAUAUUUGUAAAAAAAUAUAAAGUACUUCUGAAGUUUUUUACUAUGUUCCUUUAUGCACAUUGAAAUGGUAUUACUAAUUUUUUUCCAUUUACUUUUAAUGGAUUUUAUAGAAAAAUGCCAUCAUUACUUACCCGCUCUCCCCACCAUUCCCUACCCCCAGAAUCUCUGGUGACCCUAGUCACCAACCCCGCACCAAGGUUUCACGUAAUACAGAACGAUGAGACAAUAUCAGCGGUACUAAUACGCAAAGGACAAUGGGAAUUGAUGUAUAUUUGUCUAUUUCAACACUGCUGUAUAAAAUGUAUGUACCACAACCAUCAUACCUUACCCACCCUUCUUGCCUUCUGUAUCCCCGUUACCCGUUGUGAAAUAACAAUAAAACUCGAAUUAAAAAAAAAAAAAAAAAAUGCCUUCAUGCCAACUUCAAAGAAUAAUAUAAUACAAAAUAAUUAAUUCAAGCAGGAUACAUUGUACCUGAAACAUUUUUCUUUGUAAAGUAAGAGAGAAAGGAGUGGAGCUUCCCAUUAAGUUGAACACUUUAGUUUAGUUCUCAUAACUACAAUUAUUCUCCCUACGACAUACCUGGAAAUGUUUUAUAGUAGAGUAGCCCAAAGAAUAGAUCCUCAAGUCUUAUAGAACUACUAGGCUGCAAAGCACCAUGGUUGUUGUAGUUCUGCCACAGUAUGGUUACUGCUUUUGGACAUUUUACUUUGCAAGAAUUCACAGUCAGGUUUGUAAUGAUUCCUGUAAUGGUUUAGCAGACGUCAGGCAUAUACUAUGUUCAUUCACAGUUCAAUAAAGUUUCAGUGGAACAUAAGAUUAACAGGUGCAUUAUUUACAGACGGUGCCUUUACCUGUCUGUUUAAUAACUACUACAAGUGCUGAAUGAUUUAAUUCAUGUGUGUGAAAGGCAUAGGGAAAUAUCUAAAGCACAGUAACUUAAUACCCGAGCAGUGGUGCUUUUCUCUGUAUUUCUAUGUGCAGGGUAAUCUAUACGAGAGUGACAAAUACACCAUGAGGGCUGUCCUCUAAAUUGGGCUUUGAUGGGAAUUCAGAUUUCUUCAAACAGAGUUAUGUACGAAAGUGAGAAUUGUUGUGAAUUCAUGACAAAUUUCUUGCAAUUCACACUUUACUGAAUAACUCUGUGCUAUGAAUUAUUAUGUACAGAUAGUAUGUUCAGUGGGACCUCACUGCACUUUUUCCCUUGACAGUAGCAAAACCUAGAGACAGGAACUCUGAACUAAACUAUUCUGGACAAAAGUAUAAAAAUCGGGACAAAAAAGUAGUAUUUUUCAUGGAAUUUUUUUUUUAGUUGGUCUUUGUACAUUACCCUAGUGAGAUUUUUCUCCGUGGGUUAAGUAGCUUAUUGUAUACUAGAAUUCUGCAAAAUUCGUCUGAAUUUUUUUAGUUUUUUUUGUUAAUCAAUACAGGAACAAAUCAAUUCCAAUUCUCCAAAUCAAUCUUACCUGUACAGGUAGUACCAUAGAUAAAACAAUUCGGAAUUGAUUUGAAUUUAUUCUGAAAAAUCGGCUCAAAAUAUUUUUUUUUGCACAAGUCUGCUUUAUAAUUCUAUAAAUGUAACUGUGACUUAAUUUAUAUUUAUGUAGUUUAUUAGCCUCAAAUUGAUUAGAGCCGAACAAAUACUAUUACUGUCUACAUAGGCUGCCCUUGCUGAGAUCAUCACAAUUGAUAAUAUCCAGUUCAUCAAAUAGUUUUAUAGAGAAGUAUCAGUAACCCAUGGCACAUGUGCAGCAACCACUGCACUAAUCCAUUGUUUCUCAGAGAGAAGCACUGGUUUCAAUACUUUUCUAUAAGAAUAAUUACCUUCUUCUUUAAACUACAGUUCAAAUCAAGUGAAGCAGGAAACCCUCACUGUUGCCUGCUUACAGCAAGAAAGGUGUAAAUAUGGAUUUUUUUUAAUAAAAGUUCCAGUUUUUCUUGAAAUCAACUCUUUUAUAAAAUUUGACAGAGAGGAUUUUAAAGUUAACCACAAAGCUCUUUAGCAAGCUGAUGUGCUUCAGGCAACUAGAGUGUGCCUUUAAUCUGGAUCAAGACAUAGCACUGUGUUAUCUAACCCUCCUUGCAAAAUGUUUUUAUAUAGUUGUAUUGUUUCCAAAUAUACUUUGCAUUUUGAACUCCUGUGUAUAGGGCAGGGGUUUGCAGAAGUGUAAUAUUUGAGAAAACUUUCUGAAAAAAAUGUAAAAGAAGUAACCUCUUUUUAGUAAAAAGAAAAGGUAAAUAAUGUAGUAGAUGAGAUACUUAAAACCAAGCAUAGAUAAAGUUUAGUAUUCAUAAAAAAAGAACUAGCAGUUGGAUUUGAAUACAGAAAGGUGACAGAACUGAUCAUGAAUAAUUUAAAGACACCGUGACACAAAGUCAUUGUUUCCACUGAUCCUUUCACAUGAUCACAUCUCCAAUUUCCAUAUUGUGCUCAUCCCUUCAUCCUAACAUAGCGUUUGUCGUUGACCUACGACGUCUAGAAUUUAUUCUAUUUAUUAAUUCAUCUUUUGAUUGCAGAAUUGGCAGUCUUCUAUGUCUUCUUUUAUAAUAUUGCAUGCAAACAGAAUUAUAUAUAUAUAUAUAUAUUUAUAUAAUAAAGAAAUUAUUUUCUGCUUUGCAGAUUUCAACGGUAUUUUAGUUCCAAGUUAAAUAUUUUUGAUGCUGCUAUCGUGGUGAUAACCCUAAUCAUUACUGUAAUAUACACCUUCACAGACUUCAGCGGGGCAACAAAUAUUCCAAGGUAGGUAAUCAGUGUCACUUUAAGAUGCUUGUGGAUCUUAAACAUAUAGCACUGGAUUUCUCUGUACCCGUACUGUGUACUGAUUAGAAGACCAGCUGAGAAAGGUUUUCUACUUUUAAAGGGGAACUUUUACUUCCCAAAAUUUGCAAUACUAUGUUCAUUAAUUCCCGCUGUUUAAUAUUGUUUUAAAAUAUAAAGUUAAAGUUACAACUGUACAUUGCUGUACUUACCUCUAUCUUGGAACGAGCACUGUCAUCCUGGCAUCCUGUCAGUUAUAGUUAUAAGUUCUGCCCUUUGCUUCUAUCAGUCAACAAAGAGAAAAACAGUUUGCAAAAGCUGCAGAUCUCUUGUCUGCAGCCCUUGCAAAGCCUCCCCUUCUAACCCAGCCCAGACUUUCUGUGGCUGUCCAAUCACAGACUUUCCAAUGCAGCUCAAUGAGAAGUCUUUGCUGCCUCUUGAGUUUAGCUUCACUGAGCUAAAUAAACCAGGAAGUAACAAGACCAAUUGUCAGAUUGACAACCAUUGGGUAUAACCAGGAUAAUUUUAAAAAGUGCCAGUUUCUGUUGUAAUCAGCACUUUUUGUAAAAUAAAAAAAGAGGACAUACUCUUCAGACAUAAAUUUUUUUAAAAAGCUGAAGUGCUUUAGGGCUCCGGAGUGUCCCUUUAAAUAUAAGAAAUGGGCCAUCACAUGUAUAGUUACUUUUUAAUAUGUUUUCAGUGUUGUAAUUUCCAGAGAAGUGAUAGUUCCUCUUUUAAUUAAUCCCACAUUCUUUAGUACACUCAUAUAAUUUUUAUUUAUCCACAUUCAUUUUUCCUUCUCCAUCUCCUGAUGGUAUUCUUUGGUUAGAUACUUCUUUGGUGUAACAUGUAGAAGUACAUUUUUCAUACAUGCUAUAUGGCAAUUCUUGAAGGAGACAUACAUUUAUUGGUGUUGUAAAGAGUAUUUAAAAAAUAUAUAUCAUGUACUGUACAACCGUAUGUAUUCCAGUGGAUCAAAUAUUUAACAAACAGUUCCCUACAGCCGCUAUAUGCCUUAUAUCACAUAUUUUACCAAUAUCUUGACAUUUAUUUACAUAGAAUGUAUUGUAUUAUUCUACAAAGAAAGGGUGAUUUCUUUAUACCUUUAUUUCUUCUUUUACCUAGGCUAGUUAACUUUUUCCGAGCUUUAAGAAUUGUCAUCUUGGUUAGAAUCUUCCGAUUGGCUUCCCAGAAGAAACAGCUUGAAAAGGUCACUAGGAGGAUGGUGAGCUGAUUCUUGGUGUAACAAAAAUGUUGUCAGUGCUAAGAGAACACUUACAUUUCAUGUGUAUCAUAUAAAAACAAUUAUGCAGAACGCAAAACUUUUUUUUUUCACGUAACAGAAAUCGGAUCUAGGCGUGUUAUUAAAGAACAUUGUUGGGGCAAUUCUAUUAAUGUUAAAAUUAGUGAUGAGUAUACAAUUUCAGAUUAUUUUGAAUGUCCUUGAAGAUUAAACAUAGAAACUAUUUGUAGAACACACAUUGAUUAUAUUUAUGCUAAAUUAUUUAUACUAAAACAAAAAAUGUGUUUUACAAAUAGUCACUAAAAUAUGUAGGCUUGUAGAGCAAACAAAGGUUUGGGAAUGUCACAGUGAUGUGGCAGAGAUGUCAUUAUUUAGCUCUUUUGAGCAGAGUCCUUGUCAUCAUAUUGUUCCUGUAACAAAUUGUAUUGUCAAAUUUCCCCUUUUAUAAUAUCGUAAAGCGUUGUGAAAUAUGUUGCCACUAAAUAAAUGGCGAUAAUAAUAGUAAUAAUUUAAAAUGCCUUGGGUCCAGCUAUCUAUUUUACCACUACCCAAGUGAAAAUACCAAGGAAUUAUUUUAGUAAAAGGGAUGUGAUUCACCUCAUUGGUUCACCCUAGUUUACUCUGUCGACCCUCGCCUUACUUUGGGACACAGAUGUUGAGGGAUAUGCAAGCACUCUAUACUAACUCUUCAUUUAUCCACAUUGCAAAUAAAAUAUCACCUAAAGCCAUAUAUACUAAGUUAAACCUGCACACCCGGUAAUAAAUUAAAAUGUGUACUUAUACAGCCAAUUUUGUCCUAUGAUAUCCACUCCUAUUAUGUCCUGGCAGCUGUAACAGCUGGCAUUGUACAUUUAGGCAACACUGCAUAGCAUUACAUUAUUAUAUCCUAUUUAUGAGGGUUUUGUGGUAAAGUGUGAAUUUCAAAUGAAUUGCAAAAUAUUGACCUAAAUAACCAAACUGAGAACAUACUUCACCUGGACGUAUUUAGAUUUGAUUCACAUUGAAUCAGAGCUGUUUUUACCAAAAUAUGACCUCUACCAGUUUACCCAAUAUAUGAAUGAUCCCCACAAUACUUUAAUUAGCAAAUUAUUAACAACAAAGUACCACUUUUGUAUACAGAUACACACAAAUCCACAUUUCCACUAUGACAUAUUGUAUUAAUCAGGUUGUGCCUGUGGCUUUUUGUUUGAAAACUCAUGAUGUUGAAUUUGCGAUUUCUCUUUGAUAAGGUGAACUUGCAAAAAUUUAAAUAACUGUAAUUAAUGUUAUUAUGAGUGUACAGGCAUUACAUUCAAAAGAAUUUACUGUGGAGGCAUCAUGGGGUUUUUUUUGGAGCUGGUAGACUCAUUAGAAAAUUCAGAUCUUUUCACACACUAGGUAAUUAACCAAUAAAUGUGCAUCCCUAGUUCCCCCUAAUUCCUGCAAUAAUUAGUUUGAGCUCUGUUAUUCUGGAAGCUUUCAACAUGUUACCUGUUGUCAAGUCAGAACUUUUAUCACCCUCGGUCAAUCAUAUACAAACUGAACAUGAUGGGAAUUGUAGUCCAACAAUAAACAUCUGGAGGUUCUGUAGUCUGAGUUCUCAGAGGUGCAUUAAUGAUAUUGUGAUAUAAUCAUUUGUAUGAUCUGUAUUUUAAUAACUUUUUUUGUCGAGGUAGGUUUCGGAAAACAAAAGGCGUUACCAGAAGGAUGGGUUUGACCUGGAUCUUACCUAUGUAACUGGUAUGAAUCUCACAUUUUGAUCAUCAGCAUUUCUAAUAUUGCUUCAGUAAAAAAUUAAACAUUUGCCUUAGAAUAUAAUUGUUAAAAUGAAUAAUUCCAGUACUAUUACAUACAGUGUGUAUAUUAUUUUAUUGAGUUAUUUUUUUGUUUUCUCACCUAUUUAUGGUAGGGUCACUGUACCAAGUAUACAGUAUGUUCAAACCUCAUUGUCAUAGCUUCUUUUCCCGGCGGGAUCAUCUCAGCCAUUCUUCCAUGCAAGGUUACUAAAUGGAUUACUAGGUGAAUGAAUACGUCUAUUUCUCUAGGACAUAUUUGAAACAUCUCUAGAUUGUAAACUCAGGGGCUGUUUCCAUAGCAUUUUGUAGAAGAUGCUGCAGGCAUUGGAUUGAAGCCCACAGCAGGAAUCUCUACUGCUUGUACACCUUAUAAAAAUUGUAAAUAAAUACAAUAAAUAGGAUAUAUCAAUGCACCAUUCACUGUAAAAUAAUUUGUACAAAAUGCUGUUCCUUCUGUCUGCCCAACUACCUCCAAUGAGAUUAUAGUAAAAAUUAAACACUGUUUUCUCACAGUGACAGGUAUCCAGUGAUACCAGGUCAUUUACACAAAGUUAAAUUUUGUAAAAUAAAAAUAUUGUAAUCUUAAGCCCUCAGUUGCAUUUUCUCAAGGCUCCAUAUUUGACCCCUUUGUUUUGUCUGUCGUGUCAAUCUAACAUCCUCAUGAAACUAACCCCCUCUGUCAUUGCCCAACAAGUAGACGAAAUGCAGAUCAAUGCAUACUUAAAACCUUUCAGCAUUUUCUGCAUUGGUGUCAUCUUUGACUCUGGCCUAACUUUGAAUGAAUGCAAUUUGUUAAUCGUAGGGACGCUAUGUUCGAACAUAUUGUUAUUGCACUUAUAUAUAAUAGGUACAAUAUAAAAUAAGGAGUGGGUCUGUCACAUUUGAUAUAAUUAAACUACCAUGCUACAAUUUACAAAGAUCAUCUGAUUAAGUAAAUUGGAUUUUAGGGAAAGACUACUAUUGUUUGUGAAAAUUUGUUGUAAAUCAAAGCGAAUUUCAAGUUUAAGGUCAAAAUAGAUGACCUGGCUGUCACUGCCUAAAUCUGUCUCCUCUUGGAGGCAGGGGUGCUCCUGACUCAGUGUAUAGCCCCUUUGAGCAAUGUUAUGUCCUGGAUUUUGAUGAUAAAUUGCAGGGUCCAUUGAUCAUGUGGGAGUGUUCUUGCCCCUGGUUAGUAUACCAUACUGUACACUUUGCUUAUAUUCCUUUAUAUUACAUGGUAUAAAUCUCACAAAUAAAGAUUUGCAAAAAAUAAAAAUAAAAUAAUUUUACUGGAACAGAUCAAAUAUGCUUCCAGAUCAUCUCCUUUGGCCUUAUAUUUAAAAUUAAUUUGCUCUGAAUUCUUACGUUAGUGAAAAAACCCUGAUGGUAGAACAUUGACAGAUAAAUACUGAACGAUUCAUUACUUUAUUUUGAUUAGAUCGGAUAAUUGCGAUGUCAUUCCCAUCAUCUGGAAAGCAGUCCUUUUACAGGAAUCCAAUAAAGGUAUGACUUUUUAAUAUGGUUCUCAUAUAUAAAUGUAUUUGUGAGUGUGUCUCCCAGUGGAACCCAGCAGCUAGUAUUACGUUUUCUAUUGGAUUUUUAGCCAUGUUUACGGUUUACCUCUCUGACUGUCCCAGAUGUCUAUUAAAACUUAAAAUUUCAAAGAGCCCCAGAGGAUUGCUGUCUCAUGGUGUGAGUUAAUUUAGUAAUUAGGAGACCACUUUAGUCACCCAGAGCACUUCAUCUCAAUGCUGCUAUCACCAAGUCAGAUUCGGUUAUAUGGACAUUGAAUGUCCUCUAAUGCUGAUCAUAGGGAAGCAUUGGAUUUAAUACUUCCCUAUAAGAAGCAUUUGAUUGGAUGAGAAUACUACUGCCGCACAUGUGCUUCUCACCCCCAAUGCUGUGAUUGGAUAAGAAGAUGAAGAUUUAAGCAUGCGUGGGAUAGGCCUAAGACUUAAGACUUAAGAUAAGGCCAGGGACUAAUUAAAAGUAUUUUGAAAUAUUGGGCAGGCUGGAUGGGCCGAAUGGUUCUUAUCUGCCGUCACAUUCUAUGUUUCUAUAUUUCUAUGUGACUGUCUGUUGGAUGACAUUACCAGAGGUUGGUUUUUUUUGUAGGGCUGCCCUAAAUGUAACUAUGCAUUCCUAACGUUAGGAUAUAGAAGGAAAAUGUUAGUGCACUAGCGUGCUAGCAUUCUUGUGCAAUGUUUGCGAUAAUGUUUUGAAACAAGAUACAGGCUUCUAUAAAGUUUAUAAGCUUUAUAGUAAAUUAUUGAAUGGUGUGUGUUGUACUUGUACAUUAUAUAUAAUAUAUAUUACUUUAACUAUUUAAAAAAAAAAAAAGUAUUUCUUUUAUGUUGGGAAUACAAUGUAUAUGUCUAUUAUAAUGUAUGCAUGUCUUUAUUUUAAGGAGGUGGCCAGAUUUUUGGACUUGAAGCAUAAAGAUCAUUACAAAAUCUACAAUUUAUGCAGUAGGUGUCCUCAAAAUUAUUUUUGUUUCCUGAAUUUAUAAUUUUUUAAUUGGGGUUUAAAAGCUCAGAAAUGUACAGUACAUAGCAUGUGCAGCAUCCACAGGAGUGAAACAACAUUACAGUGGUUAUAAACUUAGAUCUUAGAGAAACAAUUAAUACAAUUAAAAAAAAGAACUUCUAAAUGGAAUUGGCAACGUUUUUUUUUAUAUAUCACCUUGUGUGUGACGUGUAAUGAAAUGUGGCAAUCCAGGAAAUUUUAAAAUGUCUAGAAACAUUGGAGGCAACCUAUGCUAUCCAGAUGUUGUGAACUACAUAUCCAAUAAUGUUCUGCCAGCCAUAAUGCUGAUAAGACACCAGGGGAGAUGUAGGCCACAACAUCUGGAAUGUCAAAGAUUGCAUGUCCCUAAUAUAGAACUCUGAAUUUGUUAAAGGGACACUAUAGGCACCCAGACCACUUCAGCUCAUUGACAUGGUCUGGGUGCAGUGUCCCAGGUCCCUUAACCCUGCAAUGGUAAUUAUUUCAGUUUUUAAGAAACUGCAAUAAUUACCUUUCAGGGUUAACUCCAAGCCUAGCAGUUGUCUAACAGACAGCCACAAAAGGGGCUUCUGGGCUGUUAGGCGACUUUUGUUCGCCUGAGCUGGAUGUCCUCACGCUAUGCAUAAGGACUUUCAGCGUCACCAAAUCCCUUUAGGAAUGCAUUGGAGAAUGCUUUUCUGUGGGGAAAUCCUAAUGUGAACACAGCCGUUGCCGCACAUGCGCAUUAGGUCUGCCCUGCCGGCAGACGUCGGCGGGGGAGGAGCAAAGGCGGACCUGAGAAAGAGCCAUGGGAUGCUGGUGCUGAACUGAGGUAAUGGAAAAAAGUUUUUUUUGACCCUUUCUGUACCAUAUGAGGUGGGGCGUGGGUGGUGAGGCGUGAGGGAGGGGCCUAUAGUGCCAGGAAAAAUAACUUUUUUUUCCUGGCACUAUAGUGUCCCUUUAAGUUUAUAAGAUUUAUACAUUUGUAAGACUUACAGAGAUCAGUCAGGUUUUUUUUUUACAAAAUAUGUGCCAUGCAUUAAAUGUACUUUAAUGUACAGAAACACCGUAGUUCAUGUUGCAAAAUGACUAAUGCAUGCAAUUCCAAAUUAGCACAUAUUAUCAGGUCAAAUACAUCUGCCAGAAACUCCACAAUUUAGUGAUAAAGAAUGCUGUUUAUAGAAUGAUGUGUUACUUGCUAUAGAAAGCUGUAUGAUACAAUAUUCUGUCUUUUCAGGUGAGAAAGGAUAUGAUCCCAAAUUUUUCCAUUAUCGGGUGGAAAGAGUGUUUAUAGAUGAUCAUAAUGUCCCGGCAUUAGCGUAAGUACCUUUUUAAAUCAAAGGCUGGAAAAUGUAUAUUAUAUUGAUUAUACUGUACCUUAUAUACAUCGAUCAGUUCUCAUAAUUCAGUAAGUUAAGACAAAACCUUAUUUACUUUUUUUUUAGAGAUAUGUUGGCUUUUACCGCAAAUGUACGAGCAUGGAUGGCGCUAGAUCCUAAAAACGUUAUAGCAAUUCACUGUAAAGGGGGAAAAGGUAAGAAGACGGGAACAUGCUUCCUUAUUUGACGUUCUUCAUUACUAAAUCGCUGUUUUAAACAACAUUAGUUAUCUUGAUCACAGAGCUAGCACUUGCAAAGCACAUAUAUACGAUCCUGUAAUAUUGUAAAUCUUUGAAUACAUAUAUUUGGUUGUUACAAUAGAUUGUCAAUCACAGGGUAACAUAGCUCUCUGUUAAAGAUCUCAGCAUCAUGAAGGCUCGAAUCCAUAGUCUAAUGCUCUUAGAAUUUCUGGAGGAGGUCAAUGUCAUUGUCCAGCAGCCAGUAAGCAGACAGCAGGGAAGAAGUUAAAAUGUGUUUUUCAUUAUUCCAUACUAUCUGAGGCUUAGCAUACAAUAAUACCGGUUUGCUAGAAAAUACAUUUUCUAGGUAGUAAAGCUGUUUGUAAUGACAUUUGAGUUAACGUAAUAUAUUAUGGUAUACAAACUUCAUAUGCUUUCUUUUUUUGCCUGUUUUAGGUCGAACGGGAACUAUGGUUUGUACAUACCUCGUUGACUGUGACCAAUUUGAGAGUGCGAAGGUAUGUCACGGAAUUCUUUCCACUGAAAUGUUUCAUUUGAACCACUGAUGCUAUAAACCAUUAAAUAGUUUCUGUCACUUCCCAAUGCUGUGGGCACCAUUAUUAGUGGGAGAACCCAAUAUUAAUUCGAUGCAAGUGAGAACCAGGAUUGCUGACAAGGAUUAUACGUAAAAUGUUUAGUACUUCUUAGAUUGCAAGUUUUCUUAGGCAAGGCCGUUUUAGCCUUCUGUUCCUGUUAAACCUUGUUGUUUGUCUUAUAUGCGACUUAUAUCCCAGAGGUCAUAGCAUUGUGUACCUCAGCAGUUCAUUUGUCCAUGAGAUAGGUACUUAAGUACAACAGCAUCCAACAAAACAUUAACCAGUACUUCUAUAUAACAGGGUAAAAAAAUGUCACUGCAGGAGAAAAACAAACAAAAAUGGAGAAUCAAUAGUGUAGAUAUACAAGUUAUCAAAGUGUCUAGAAAUGAUUGCAAUGUUAGCACUCACAAAGGAGUCUCUGGUGAUGGACACUUGGCUCUGGUGAUGGAUGCAAUUGUACUUAUAGGGGUAGUCUUGAUCCCUCUUCUGUAAGGUGGUAAAUGGCAUAUACAGACACUGCGGGAACCGAGAAAGCCUCAUAGCAUAAUUCUGUGUAAGUAAAAGCCCCAUACAGCUUUAAAUGGAAUCACUAACAUGGUUUUGAGCCUAGAAUAGCUGGCUCGACACACUAUAUGGGUCAAAUCACCCAAAGCCAGAGAACUAGAACUGUAGUGAUAAAGAUGCUGUUUAUAAUUGAAUGAUGUAUUUGCUAAUUAAAAAAAAUAAUGAAAUAUAUUCUGUCUUUAUCAGGUGAGAAAGGAUAUGAUCCCAAAUAGUUUUCAAAAUGUGUUUUGGGUGGAAAGAGUGUUUAUAGAUGAUCAUAAUGUCCUGUUCCUUAGCGUAUGUACCUUUUUAAAUCAAAGGCUGGAAAAUGUAUAUUAUAUUGAUUAUACUGUACCUUAUAUACAUCGAUCAGUUCUCAUAAUUCAGUAAGUUAAGACAAAACCUUAUUUACUUUUUUUUUAGAGAUAUGUUGGCUUUUACCGCAAAUGUACGAGCAUGGAUGGCGCUAGAUCCUAAAAACGUUAUAGCAAUUCACUGUAAAGGGGGAAAAGGUAAGAAGACGGGAACAUGCUUCCUUAUUUGACGUUCUUCAUUACUAAAUCGCUGUUUUAAACAACAUUAGUUAUCUUGAUCACAGAGCUAGCACUUGCAAAGCACAUAUAUACGAUCCUGUAAUAUUGUAAAUCUUUGAAUACAUAUAUUUGGUUGUUACAAUAGAUUGUCAAUCACAGGGUAACAUAGCUCUCUGUUAAAGAUCUCAGCAUCAUGAAGGCUCGAAUCCAUAGUCUAAUGCUCUUAGAAUUUCUGGAGGAGGUCAAUGUCAUUGUCCAGCAGCCAGUAAGCAGACAGCAGGGAAGAAGUUAAUGUUUUUCAUUAUUCCAUACUAUCUGAGGCUUAGCAUACAAUAACACCGGUUUGCUAGAUAAUACAUUUUCUAGGUAGUAAAGCUGUUUGUAAUGACAUUUGAGUUAACGUAAUAUAUUAUGGUAUACAAACUUCAUAUGCUUUCUUUUUUUGCCUGUUUUAGGUCGAACGGGAACUAUGGUUUGUACAUACCUCGUUGACUGUGACCAAUUUGAGAGUGCGAAGGUAUGUCACGGAAUUCUUUCCACUGAAAUGUUUCAUUUGAACCACUGAUGCUAUAAACCAUUAAAUAGUUUCUGUCACUUCCCAAUGCUGUGGGCACCAUUAUUAGUGGGAGAACCCAAUAUUAAUUCGAUGCAAGUGAGAACCAGGAUUGCUGACAAGGAUUAUACGUAAAAUGUUUAGUACUUCUUAGAUUGCAAGUUUUCUUAGGCAAGGCCGUUUUAGCCUUCUGUUCCUGUUAAACCUUGUUGUUUGUCUUAUAUGCGACUUAUAUCCCAGAGGUCAUAGCAUUGUGUACCUCAGCAGUUCAUUUGUCCAUGAGAUAGGUACUUACGUACAACAGCAUCCAACAAAACCUCAACCAAUACUUCUAUAUAACAGGGUAAAAAAAUGUCACUGCAGGAGAAAAACAAACAAAAAUGGAGAAUCAAUAGUGUAGAUAUACAAGUUAUCAAAGUGGCUAGAAAUGAUUGCAAUGUUAGCACUCACAAAGGAGUCUCUGGUGAUGGACACUUGGCUCUGGUGAUGGAUGCAAUUGUACUUAUAGGGGUAGUCUUGAUCCCUCUUCUGUAAGGUGGUAAAUGGCAUAUACAGACACUGCGGGAACCAAGAAAGCCUCAUAGCAUAAUUCUGUGUAAGUAAAAGCCCCAUACAGCUUUAAAUGGAAUCACUAACAUGGUUUUGAGCCUAGUAUAGCUGGCUCGACACACUAUAUGGCAUAGAUCAUCCCAAAGAAGAUAGAUUCCACUCGUCCUGAUAUAAAUAAGGAAUUGAAAUGUAUUAGAAUUAAAAAAAAUAAAAUAAAUAAAAUCAAUGCUUUAUAAAAGAAAUCGCAAUGGGUAUAUGUUAGUCCAAAAUGUGUUUUGCCUUGACCGGCUUCAUCAUUCCUGUUCCUCUCUCCAUGUUUAUAUGCUCCUUCUAAUUAUUGUAAUUAAACUUCCUUGCCUCUUUCAAACCAUCCCCCUUCUGUGUUUGGAACACACCUUGGGUUCCAUGGUUCUGAUGUUGCACUUCUGGGCUGUGUUUUGUCACUUUGUGGCCGUCUGUCUCUCUUACUUUUUAGAACACACCAGGUGUUCCACCUACCAGAUCCGGCAUUCCUAGCUUUCUGUAAAGAAAUGCAUGUCUUCAUGUAUCCACGCUUCCCUUGGAUCCCUUAUAGUUUGAUGAUGUCCACUUUCUUGUAUAUAUUGUUUUUACCAUAUAUACCUGUAUCAUGUGUCUUCUUCUUGUAGGAAAGUCUGGAUUAUUUUGGAGAACGUAGGACUGAUACAUCUGUUAGCACCAAGUUCCAGGGUGUGGAAACACCAUCUCAGGUGAGUCUAUCCACUGUUACUUCAAUUGGAUGCAUUAUUUAUGCGAGACGAAGUUUCUAGAAGUCUAAUACAAAAGGUGAUUGAAAAGAGAUCAAAAUAUGUAAAUCCAGAUUAAUUUCACAAUUUAACACUUUAAGGUUCUACUACACAUAGAUAGAGCCUGGGUUCUAGAUUUAUGGUAAGAUAGUCUUCCACUUUUUUUUCCUCUGUGAUGUAUAUUUUUGUACUCCAGGAAAAUAAUAGCAAUUGGUCUAAUUUAUGGAGAUUUUUUAAAUGUGUUUUUUUUCCUAAUGUUUAUUAAAUCUCCCUUCUGACAUAAAAUAAAAGUUUUAAAGGGCAACUUUUAUCAAAUAUUCACUUCUUGAUUUUUAAACAUGGAUUACAUUUAAUAAAACCUAAUUGUUUUAUAUUGUUUCUUUGGGUUCUCCAACUUGGCCUGGCAGACAAUGUCUCGUGUCACAAGGGACUCUCAAGUCCAAUGACAAAAAAAACACUAAAAGAUGCCCUUAGUAGCAGAAUUUCUCAACACUUUGCCUCAAGCUUUAAUCAUCCCUAACCCUAUUUGAUAGGAGCUUUUAGCUACCAAUACAUACAUGUAAUUGUGUAGUAUUAUGUGGAAAAGGUUCUAUGGCAUCAAAUAAGAAAAUCACAAACAUUGGAGACUGUGACCUAUAGCUUAAUGACAUCACGUGUUGCCAUUGAAGCUGCAAUUGCCUUUGACUCUUUAAACCAUUAAUGUCUAUCAGAUGAUGCAUUUUGUGAAUCAACAUAAUGUUUUUAAGAUACAAAAGAUACAUUUUUGGGGCUUUUUUUUUUUUUAAUUAGAAACAAAAAUAUAGUUGCACCUUAUCUUUGUCAGCCUUCAUGAUGGGCAAAGCCUUCUAAUAUUGACUUUGGUGUAUAUGUUACGUUCCAGAGCAGGUAUGUCACCUACUAUGAAAUAAUCAAGAACAAAUACCAGUUGCAGCUUCCCCCAGAGAAGAAACUCAAGAUUCGAAGCAUCAGAAUCCACUCAAUUGGUGGUAAGACUUCAGUCAUCUGACCAGUGAACAAUGUUGCCUUUAAAAACCUUUGAAUGUUAGAGUCUGCAAACUGUAUUAGUAGUUUAAAGAGUACGGCUUUCAUAACGAGUUAAAGUAAUAGUUUAACCCCAUAAGGACACAUGACAUGUGUGACAUGUCAUGAUUCCCUUUUAUUCCAGAAGUUUGGCUCCUUAAGGGGUUAAAUAAAGACAAUAUGAUUUAAAUGUUUUCAGUGUAUUACAGUAUUUUAUUUGCUUAUUUUAUUAUUAUUAUUAUUAUUAUUAUUGCCAUUUAUAUAGCGACAGCAGAUUCAAAUAUUAUUAGAGGGGGGAUUAAGCUAUAAAUAGGACAAUUACAGGAAAACUUACAGGAACGAUAGGUUGAAGAGGACCCUGCUCAAACGCGCUUACAGUCUAUAGGAGGUGGGGUGUAAAACACAUUAGGACAGGAGAUAGCAAUCAAAUAAGGUGGGAGUGAAGCAGAGCUGGAGGAGAGAGUAAAGUGCUGCCCUUUAGGAGAGAGCAAGAGACAGGUAUAUGAGGUAGAGGUUACUCCGGGAGGCCAUAAGCUAAAUAGAUGGGUUUUUAAGGCACUUUUUAAAUGAUUGAAGACUAGGGUAUAUUCUGAUGGAGGUAAGCAGGCUAUUCCAUAGGAAAGGAGCUGCCCGUGAGAAGUCCUGCGAGUGUGAGUUGGCCAGGUGCGAGCAGCGGACAGGAAAAGGUCACAGGCAGAGCGGAGAGACCGAGAAGGGGCAUACCUAUGGAUCUGUGAAGAGAUAUAAGAGGGGCUAGUAUUGUUCAGUGCUUUAUAGGUAGGGGUUAGCACUUUGAAUUGGCUCAUAUAGGAUACAGGAAGCCAAUGUAAGGACUGACAGAGGGUUGAGGUGUGAGAGGACCAACUAGAGAGGAAAAUCAGUCUGGCGGCAGCAUUCAUUACAGACUAUAGUGGGGCAAUACGGCUUUUAGGAAGACCAAUUAGGAGAGGGUUACAGUAAUCCAUGCGGGAAAUUACUAGAGCAUGGACAAGCUCCUUGGUAGCAUCUUGCGUAAGAAAGGGGUGGAUGCGGGCUAUGUUUUUAAGAUGGAAUCUACAGGAUUUGGCAAUAUACUGGAUGUGAGGCUCAAAGGUGAGGCCAGAAUCAAGUAUGAGGCUAAGACAUUUAUCAUGUGAUAUGUCUGUUCCAUGAACAAAAUAAAAUAAUCCCAGGAUGCUCUUCAGUAAAACACUAGGUGUUCAUGAGAACGCUGUAAACAUUAUGUUUUGCUAAGUUAUGGUCAUCAAAGGGCUCUGAUUCAAGUAAGGCAGGAUUGAUGUGGGAAUCCGUUAAUUGAAUUUUUCUGUAUCCAAAACUAAUUUUUUGCUAGUAAAUUAUUUAUUUUUCCAGAUCAAAUCUGAUGUUUUAUAUUUUAUGAUCUCUAAAGCCUUUUACCCACUCAAUAUUUUUUUUUAAAGGAAUAAAGAGCCAAAACACUAAAAUUGCAGUAAUUAUUUUAGCAAUACGAGGGUUAUUCAAUAACAUAAGAAUUUUUGAGAAUUCAAAGUGAAUUUUAAAUUGAAGACCAAAGCAGCUGAACUAAUAGCAAAGCUGACUUGGAGGAUUUUUACAAUUUUGGCUUUAAAUAUGACAUUCAGUUUAAAUUACAAAUAGUUCUCUCUUUAAUGAAUAACCCUGUAUGUCAAAUUGCUGUUUUAUCCUAUGUUUAUGCACCAACUUUACAUCCUGCUUUUUCAAAUAAAUGUUAUGUCAUUAAAAAAACUAAAAGAACUUGGUAGUGAAGAGGUUAAUAAGAAAUGUUAUGACAUACAUUUUCAAAUGCAUAUAUUACAAUUCUCAAAUGUCACGUGUUUGUUUAUUCCUUUUGACAUUUAGCUUGUAUUACUAUUUCUUUUGAGGUGUAGGAAAAAGCAAUGGAAGUGACUUGAAAGUUCAGAUAUUAUCAAAGCAAACAGUGGUUUUCAAGUGUGUUUGUGAAACUCAGGAAUACUGUAAGGUAAGUAACAAGCUCUCUAACAGCAAGAUCUGCAACAUAGCGUGUUGUCUAGCAAUAACAGUUUAUAUCAAAGUAACAGGAUCUAUAACAGUAACAUGUUCUGUAACAGAGUGAUAUUGUCUGCCAAUAGCACACUCUGUCACAGUAACUCAAUCUAUAUCAGUGACAUGAUCUGUAACAGUACUAUGCUGUCUAGCAAUAACAUAUUCUAUCAAAGUAACAGGAUCUAUAACAGUAACAUGUUCUGUAACAGACUGAUACUGUCUGCCAAUAGCACACUCUCUCAUAGUAACUCAAUCUAUAUCAGUGACAUGAUCUGUAACAGUACUAUGCUGUCUAGCAAUAACAGAUUCUAUCAAAGUAACAGGAUCUAUAACAGUAACAUGUUCUGUAACAGACUGAUACUGUCUGCCAAUAGCACACUCUGUCACAGUAACUCAAUCUAUAUCAGUGACAUGAUCUGUAACAGUACUAUGCUGUCAAGCAAUAACAGAUUCUAUCAAAGUAACAGGAUCUAUAACAGUAACAUGUUUUGUAACAGAGUGAUACUAUCUGCCAAUAGCACACUCUCUCAUAGUAACUCAAUCUAUAUCAGUGACAUGAUCUGUAACAGUACUAUGCUGUCUAGCAAUAACAGAUUCUAUCAAAGUAACAGGGUCUAUAACAGUAACAUGUUAAGUAACAGAGUGAUACUGCCUGCCAAUUGCACACUCUGUCACAGUAACUCAAUCUAUAUCAGUACAUGAUCUGUAACAGUACUAUGCUGUCUAGCAAUAACAGAUUCUAUCAAAGUAACAGGAUCUAUAACAGUAACAUGUUAAGUAACAAAGUGAUACUAUGUGCCAAUUGCACACUCUGUCACAGUAACUCAAUUAAUAUCAGUAACAUGAUCUGUAACAGUACUAUGCUGUCUAGCAAUAACAAAUUCUAUCAAAGUAACAGGAUCUAUAACAGUAACAUGUUAAGUAACAAAGUGAUACUGCCUGCCAAUUGCACACUCAUGUCACAGUAAUGCUCUAAUAACUAUCAUCAGUGACAUGAUCUGUAACAGUUACAGUAACUGCAUGAUCUAACAGCAAUGACAAAUUCUAUAUCAAAGUAACAAACUCUAUAACAAGUAACAAGUAACAUCUCUCGCUAUAUAAUUCUAUUGUAACAGACUUUUAAGUUCUCUUGCAGUAACAUGCUUCUAACAUGCAAAGUCCUUUUAAUACCUUGCUAACAUUAACAAGCUCUCCUAUAAUAACAGGUUCUCUUGCAAUAACUUGCUCUCUAGUGGUAACAAGUUCUCUCUGCGUCACAUGUUCUAUAACAGCAAUAUCUAUACUCUUUAGAAGUGAACAGCAACAUAUUCUAUGACAGUGACUCUCGCUGUUCUAUAACGGUAACAUGCUCUUUAUACAUACCAUCUAACAGUAGCAUGCUAAGGAAUCUAUUGCUAAACAUUGUUGUUCUCUGGGAACAAUGCAGUCUUGAACCGAUGCGAUAUUAACCAGCGCUGUAAGUAAUAUUUGAUAAUUAAUAAUAAUUGACAUGAACUGGUUAAAAACCUAGUAUUGUUUGUAAUAUACUGUUCUUCUGCUCAACUAUUAUCAGUACAUUCUGUAAAGUACUGUCUCUCUAUGGUGUAAAACUCUCUCUUCUCAUUGCUUUAUGCAAAGUCCUUUUAAUACCUUGCUAACAUUAACAAGCUCUCCUAUAAUAACAGGUUCUCUUGCAAUAACUUGCUCUCUAGUGGUAACAAGUUCUCUCUUAGUCACAUGUUCUAUAACAGCAAUAAGGCAUCUAGCACCAACAUACUCUUUAGAAGUGACCUGCUCUUUAACAGCAACAUAUUCUAUGACAGUGACAAGCUCUGUAGUGGUGCCAAUUUCUCUCAAAGUCACAUGUUCUAUAACGGUAACAUGCUCUUUAGGAGUGACAUACCAUCUAACAGUAGCAUGCUAAUUUUUAAACAAUGGAAUCUAUUGCUAAAGAUUAAUGAAACAUUUAUUUAUUUAUUUUAGUUGUUCUUUGAUGCUGGGAGCAAUUCAACAGUAAUCAGUCUUGAAGAAUGUCCGAUAAUUUCAGGCGAUAUCAAAAUAAGAUUUGAGUCCAACGCUGUAAGUAAUAUUUGAUAAUUAAUAAUAAUUGACUUUUUUGAUGAACUGGUUAAAAAUCAUGAUGGCCUAGUAUUGUCUUGAAGGAUUUUGAUUUACUGUUCCCAAAAUUCUGUGUCAGCAAUCAACUAUUAUUUGGUAGAGCAUUCUGGGAAAUGUAUUCCAAACGAAUAAGGUCUGUGUUAGAAUUAAUUGUAAAUGUCUCCAGAACCCUAAGAUCUUCAUAUAUAUAUAAUUAACAAAAAGAUAUGGCACUCUACCUCUAAUAUAGCAAGAAUUCGAUAGACCUUGAUGUUGUACAGCAUAGAAAUAUAGAAAAUAUGAAUGAAGAGAUAACUUAAAAGAUUUUAAAAAAUGAAAUUGUGUUGUAUGAAGCGAUCAACGUUUCGACCCGAAGGUGUUUAUAAUGAUAAAGACCUUUGGGUCGAAACAUUGAUCGCUUCAUACAACACAACUUCAUUUUUGAAAAUCCUUUGAGUGCUCACUUCAUUCAUAUAUUUUAUAUAUAUAUAUAUAUAUAUAUGAAAAAUAUAUUUGCCAAAUUAUGUAUAUGUUGCAUCAGCCUCUUUAAUGAUUAAUAAACACAAGUAUUAUGUUAAACUGCAUUUCUCAGGUCCUGACCUAAUGUGCAGGCUUCUUCUUGUACGUUUCGGAAGUCAAAUAAUGAUGAUCUCACAACUGGCUGCUUUUUAUGAGCUCUUAAAGGUUUUCCGUUAGAACAAUCAUUUCACCUAUUCCUCAAUGAAAUGACUGGAAAGAUCCAGUCAGAAUGGUUUAUCCAAGUCACAGCAACAUUCCCAUUUUUUACACUUAAAGUAAGAGUUAACCCAUUGAGUGUUAGAGGAGUGUUCUUCACCCUUUUGGCUCUAAAAGGAUUAAUGAAAUAUUUCAGAGUAGUAAAAUUGUGCUAAAGUAUACUACACUGCAUAGUAAUAGUAUAGAGUAGUAAAUAGUAUAGGAUGAAGAAAAGAGUUUCCCUAUUAUGUAUGUGACCUUACAUUUAAAUGUAUUAACCCCUUUCCCACCAAGGUUAUAUAUGUGCAGCCUAUUUUGUUUCUGUGCCAACCAACUGUACUUUCUGUAAGUGAGCAUUUAUGCUCACAUACAAACCUUAUUUUUACAUUCUGAUGGCGUUUUUAGGAUGUUCCAUUCCCAAAAAUGUCAUUAGGUUUUUUAUAAAUAUAAGCAGGGCAGUUGACCAUUUUUAUUUAUCACAUCUACAGUAUCUGAAACAAAUGUGUUUCUAUAAUAAUAUUUUAUACUCUGCCAUAAUUAUGGCAUGUAAGGGAUAUCAUAUAGUAUUUAAAACUUUUUAUUUUCAGCUAUUGCAUUAAGAAACAAACGAAUAUGAGACACUUAAACAAAGAUUUCUUGAAAGCAUGUAGGCUGUGCUUCAAAAGUGAUGUUUUAAUGAAACCAACUGUUUUAUAUUGCUAACAAUUUUCUAAUAUGCUGAUUCUGUUUUACUUAGGGCCUCCCAAAAGGCUAUGAUGACUGCCCAUUCUACUUUUGGUUCAAUACAUCGUUUAUAGAGAAUAACAGGUAAGCUGGACUUGAAACUGCAGUUAGAAACAAUUAGAUGGUAUGCUAUAUUCCAGAAUGAAUUUGUAUGCCUCCUGGAUAUCAUUUAAAAGUUGUUUCUUACAUUGCGAUUCUCAGUAAACAACAAAAAAAUGCAUUUCUUUAAAAUUAGAUUUUUGUUCUUAUGAGCAAAUAUUAAUGUACAUACUAUUCAGAACAGAUAUAUUUUUUGCUAAUAGCUUUGGCAAAAAUGGCAGAGGUCAGGGAGGGUGAGCUACAAUUUUGCUAGCUUUUUAAGACAAAAUUCCUCAAACUAAUGUUGAAGUCAAAAGUGGUGAAUGUGUGCCCUUUCACGUAGUGACACCUUAAUCUCAUUUUACAAAAAAUCCUCAUUUAAAAAAAAAAAAAAUCUUUUCAAACCAUUUGAAAUUAUAUAAUCAAUGGCAUUUUACUGACCAUUUGAUGUCUUAUUUAGGUUGACUAAAAUGCUAUAUGUAUGACUUGAAUAUUUGGUGUAACAUUCUAUUCGUUGGUAUUGUUUGGUAUGUAACACGAACCUAGUGCAUUUUAAAGUACUCACCAGAUAAACCCUGCAACAUCUCCAGGGCAUAGCCAAGUUCACCCAAUAGUCCAUGAUGAAUGGCUCAUGGUAACCCAACAUGUAGGAAUGACCUUUUUCACAGCCAUGUGUCAGUCAUCUUGGCUGGCCUUUCAAUGUUCUAGGGAAUUUGCAGCAGUAUAUCUGAUGUUUGUAUCUUUAGUGUUGCUGUGCUCAACAGCGUUGCAGUAUUGUGUGAACAGACAUUUAUAUCACUUCGCUGCAAGCACUUUCUAAAUAUAUCAAAGAAAGGGAUGGUUUUUUCGUUUUAUUUUUUUUCAUAAACUUAAUUUAAAAAAAAGCUAUUUACUUUUAAAACUUGAUGAAAGGAUUAUUAUAAUAAAAGUAGUUGUGAGAUGGCGGUUGUCCUUUAAGAGAUGCUAAGUAAUGAUUACUAAGAAAGCUGUUAAUUAUCUAUUGGGAAUUUGACAUUGGAGUUUUGCACUUUGUUGCAGUAAGAAACACAUGUAAAAUAAAUGCCUGUCUUGUUAUUGCAGGCUGUAUCUUUCCAAGAAUGAACUGGACAAUCCCCACAAAGAAAAAUCCGGAAAGAUCUUUAAGGACGACUUUGCGGUGGAGUUAAACUUCGACUCUUCAUGAAUUAAUUAUCUUCUGCUUACAUUCAGAAUAUGUCUGGACAUUGGUACAGCUUGGAACGUACUGUAUUCAAUCCACAUUCAAAUUUGAUAAAAAUUGACCAAAUUCAAGCUUGGAAGAUACUCUUGAGGCAUUGGGUCAGAACUCUCUUCCCAAGUCAAGAAAGGGACGGUGUGAAUUGUUCUGUUUACUCUUUGGUGUGUGCGUCCAAAACAGCAAAUACCCAUAUUUUGAUUAAAAAAAUCACCCAUUUUUUGAACUCUGCCCCUUCUUGGCAGCUCCAUUCAUGUUUGUAAUCAGAUGUCACCCUAUUUGCCUGUGACACCUCACUCUGUUACACCAGAGAGAAAGCCUUGAGUAAAGGGAACUGGACAGUUUCAAGGUCCGUACAUCAAUCAGUUACAGUGUAUUUAAAAACCUGUCUCCACAAGAACCCUCGUGAACCAAUCUCUCUUUCAUUCAAAAAAAAGAAAAAAAAGUUGAUGUGCCAAAGUAUUUUGUCUAAAAACACAAAAAAACAACAAAUGUUUUUCUACAUUUAUUAAUAUAUAUAUAUAUAUAUAUUAUUCUUGUCAUACAGAUGUCCUAUAGUAUAUUAUAAAAUAUCACAUUGAAAUUAAAACAUGAUAUAGUGCUAAGGGAAAUGUUACAUUUUGGAUGUUUCACAAAAUGUAUUUUUAUUCAUCAUUAUUCCAAUAUCCCACCUACAUCCAAAUUAUUUAUGUUUGUUUGUCCUUGUAAUAUAUAACAUGAACAUAAUUUCAUAGAUAAUUAAAUGUGAAAUUGUGCAGGUUGUUUUAAAUGUUAUGCAAUAUAUGUAUGUAAUAUACGUAAUGUUAGUUGUAAACACACUAUUUGGAGAACUGGCAACGUUCCAGUGUUUAGCACUCUCCUCUCUACACGUGUAACCUGCAAGGUGAAUUGCUAACCUAUGACUCACCUAAGAGGUUUUCUUUGAGUUUAAUGUCAAUUACAGUGGUACCAAAAUGUCUGUUAUUUAAGUGUACACAGUGAUGAAGAAUGGUGCACAGGUAACUUUUUUGGUUUUGUUAAUUUCAAGAAUAGUAACAGUUCCCCUUUUAAAAAAAUAUUUUAUAGAAGUUUCUAUAUCUCUUCAAUUACACAACAAAUAUUUAAAGUACAUUUAUAGUCUGCAGAUGACAAUCUUUAUUUAAACAUCCACAAAAGACAUGCUUUUAACUCUGCUAUUGAAACUGUUUACAAAAUGAUUUGCAUAGUGGUAUACACAGCAGGCACGCAAACUUCUGAACAUAGUGGACCUAUGUAGACCUAAAUACUAUGUUCAUGCAUGAAACUUAAGAGGCACUUGCUCUCAGUUUGGCUGGUAUCAGGUCAAGAUAUAGAAGGCUAAUUUUAUAGAACUUUGCCUUAGUGACUUUACAAAGCAUUUUUAUCACUUCCUACUCAAGGAGAACGCUGGCUAUCUCCAGGUUUUAGCAGGGUGGAUCUGAUCAAUUCUUCACUUUCUACAUUUCACCACUAUUAGUAUUACUAUUAUUAAAUUAAUGUUAUGAUUUUAAGCCCCUUCCGAUUCAUGAACAGGUAGACUUUUAUUGUUGCCUUUUUGUGACAAGAAAUGUUUGCAUGAGCAAAUAGAAGAUGUAACAGAUAAACAUCAAUUUCAUUAUUUUCUUUAACUAACAACAGAUCCAUUAAAAUAAAGGUUCUCAGCUUGAUUCUAAGGGACCCAAAACAAUGUUGGGGUUUUAAGAUCUAUUGACCUGAGGGUUCUGUGGACCUGUUUAUUAGUGCAGUAGGAUUUGUCAGAAGGAUUGAGAAAUUGGCUUAUGGCACCCAGGGUUAUGGAAGAAGAAUGCAAGAGCUAUGUUUAACAUUUUCACCCUAUGCCACUGUGUAAUCAUGGAAUAUAUUAGUGGGCUAGUCAUUUGUAGGGGUUCAGCCAUAGUUAACUACCUAACAGUAGGUGGACUAGACCUCCUAUUCUACUUGACAAAUCUUGAGCAUUAUAGACAAUGCAAACAAUCAAAAACAGGAAGGUGUACAAUACACCAACCAGAGAAGUAGAACGUGUAAGGUGUACUAUAGGAUACACCUGCCCUUUGUUGGGACGUAGGGAUUAAGCUGUAAAAUGGAGAGAAAAAGGACUAAUAGUGUAAUAAUGUCAGGGGUAUAAGUGGACUGUAGGUGUCCAAUGGUCCAACUCACAUGGGAAUGAGCCUUCCAGGACUGGCUCAGAUGGUAUAGGCAGAAGUAUACUAGGUAACACAAUCCCCUCUUCUGUCUACUCAAAUAUGGCAUAUGAAACGAAAAGGAAGUGGGGAAACGAGUAGACUUCUGGUGUAGUAUGUAAGGUAUGAUAAAACAGAGAGCUAUCACCUGGAGCCAGGCAUUAAGGGCUCUGGAAUAGGUAAGCAAGAUCUUUUGAUUGUAUAUCUGCUUUAUCAUACCUGACAUACUACACCAGAAGUCUACUUGUUUCUCCACUUCUUUUUCAUUUCAAUAUACCAUAUUUGAGCGGACACGUUUUAAAGAAGCAUUUGGAUACAAUCUCUUGUCGAUUCCCUUAAGCAUUGCCCAAGUGCCUGAACCGUCAGUCCGCCCCUGAUUCAAGGUAAAAAUAGCCGAACUGGAAACAUUCUAGGUUAGCUAUGCUUCAAGUUCGGCUACUUUGGCCUUAAAAUUGAAAUUCAUUUUGAAUUCUCGCUUUAGUGUGCGACCCUGUAGGAGAAACUAUACCUGAAAAUAUAAGCGUUUAUAACAUCCCAGAUUCAUUCUGCUAUAUUGUGAACUAUUUUUUUUUCUGUGAAAAUAAUUAUAUUUAGUUCAUGUUUCAAAAUGUUUUUCUAUUAUAUUCUUCAUAUUCAUAAAAAUAUUUGCAUAAUUAUCAAUGUGGAGAGAUUUGUUAGAGUCCAUUCAACCUCAAAAUGAUGAGAUUAAACUGAAAUAGUAAAUGUCAAUAAAAUAAAGACAAAUUUCUUAUUUUUGUUAUGGUUUUUCUAACACUUCUGCUACACCCACCUUUUAUUGCAGAUCAAGGUCACACUCUGUGUUUUGACUGUAACAUGUAUUUGAGUUAAAUUUAUUGUGUUUAGCAAGUAAAUG